CUUGGCACAUCUGCCACUGAAUAGGGGGGGGGGAUUAGAGGGGCCCACCCACAGACAGUAAUGUAGGUAGACAGACUGUAAUAUGGUGGGUGGGGGAUAGGGAGGGAGAGAGCUAUUGAGAGGACAAGAAACACAAGGUAAGACCCCCCUGCCCCCUCCUGCAGCAGCUCUCUGAUUGGCUGCCCUGAGCUGCCACUCUUCAGCUGAUGUCAUCCUGCAGUGCUAGCAGAAUCAGCUCCAUCCUAAGGACAUUAUACAGACCCUCCCCUGGAGCAGAGCUUUUCCCCUGAAGCAGAGCAUCCCCAGCAGCACAGCAUCCUCCAAAAGCAGAGCCUCUCCCUCUGGUGGAGAGCAUCUUCAUCAUUACCCCUCUGGAGCAGAGCAUCCCAAGCAACACUGCAUCAUCCAAAAGCAGAGCCUCUCCCUGUGAAGCAGAGCAUCAUAAUCAUUGAUCCCCUGCAACAGAGCAUACUCAUAACCCAUCUGGAGCAGAGCAUCCCUUUGGGGGAAAAAACAAAACAUUAAGGACAACAUAUUAGCCCAUCUACCCCAGCAGAGCAUCACCUAUAAAUGCAGAGACCCUCCUACAACUAGCAGAGCAACUUCCAACAGCAGAGCAUCCCCCACCUGGAGCAGAGCUUCUUCCAUUAAAGGUGGAAAUCGAGAUCAGAGUGCAGAGCAAUUUUUUAAGAGCAGAGCAUCUCCUCUUGAAGCUGGACACCCCAAGCAGAGUGCAGAGCAUUUGUGCAUAGUACCUUCCCUUAAAGCUGGACACCCCCAGUUGAGUGCAGAGCAUUUUUGGAGAUCAGAGCAUCUUCCCUUGAAACAAACAUCCUCCUGAGCAUCCUUCUUAUCAGAGCAUCCUCCUAGAGCAGAGCAUCACUGCAGAGCAUUUCAUGUGGAUAAUAUCUUCCCUGAACAGACCGUCCCAGACUGCAGAGCAUCCCCCAGAGCCAUAGCAGAGCAAAUUCUAUUGCAGCGCAUCUUCCAGGACAGACACCGGAGAGAAACAGGGAUCCCCAUUGGGAGGUAAUUGGGACAGCUCUAAAGAGACUGCACAGAGAGUCAGACAGUACUGAGACAUCUCAAAAAGACAGCAUAGACAGAGACAACACACAGAGAGAGAGAGAGACAGCACAGAGACCGCACACAGAGAUACAGCACAGACAGAGAGCAUAUCCCAAAGACAGCACAGAAAGAGAGAGAAUGACAUCUCGGAAAGACAGCCCAGAGGCACCCCAGAAAGACAGCACAGACAGAGACAUCCCAGAAAGACAGUACUGAGACAUCAAAGAAAUGCAGCAUAGAGAGAGACAUCACGGCACUGACAGAGAGAAAAAUACAUAUCCAAAAGACAGCACACAAAUACAGCAGAAAGAGAGAUCCCAAAAAGACAGUACUGAGACAUCCUGGGAAGGCAGCACAGAGAGACAUCCAGGAAGCACCACAUAGAAAGACACAUCCUAGAGAGAGAGAUCCCAGAAAGACAAUACUUAGACAUCCUCAAAAAAACAGCACAUUGAGAGACAUUCUAGAGAAUUAAAAGACCUCACAGAAAGAGAAUAAUCCCAGGGAGACAUCACUGAAAGGCAACAUAUAAUUUUUUUAUUUUUUUUUCCUGAGAGUCAUUGUAAAGAGAGAUCAUUGAGAAAGACAGUCAGGAGAGGCAUAUAAAAGAGACAACACCGGCUGGCAGUUACUAAGAGACAUCACUGACAGAUAUCAUCAGUAAGAUACCUUUCACACAAGGAACACUGAGAGACAGCACUGGCAGGUAGCACUUGGAGACACCUGUGACAGGGAUACAACAUUGUCAAUUGCACUAGUACUGACAGAUAGCACUAAGAGACAGCAUUGAAAGACAGCACUGGGAUAUAGUAUUGGCAGACAGUUACUAAGAUACACAGGAGAGGGUACUGACAGUCAAUUACUAAGAGACAGCACUGGCCGAUAUCACUGGGAGACACCAAUGACAGGCAGUUACUAAGAGACAGCCUUGUCUAUUGCACUAGAAGGUAGUACUGAUAGCCAGUUACAAAGAGACAGCCUUGUCAAUUGCACUAGAAGACAGUACUGAUAGCCAGUUACAAAGAGACAGCCUUGACUGGCAGCACAAGGAGGCAGUACUGAUAGAGAGCUCAAAGAGAGUGCUGACAGAGUGCUCUCCUGCACAAUACAGAAACACUGCUUUGAUACACUAUACAGAGAACAUUGAGAGAUGUGAGAGGAGAAUGUUCUGAAAGUCAGUGACACAGCACUGAGACACUCCAGAGAGACAUACAAGGCAUCCUUAGGACCUUGUACAGAGAGACAGCCCCGAGAGUCACUCAAAAUACCACUGAUAGGCCACACUGAGUUCAGAGAUCCCUGAGACACCGCACUUAUAGAUCCUAGAUCAUCAGCACUCUAGAUAUCAAGUCACUACAUCUCCCAUAAUGCUCUUAAAAGCCUUAUUGCUGGGAAAACAUCAGGGGAGAUAUAGUCCACAACAUUUGGAAUGGCAAAGGCUGCCUACCCCUGUCUUAAAUGAACAUCUAGGUUGUAUUUUUUAUACUGCUGGCUACCAUUAGACAUGAUUUUAUACUGAGUUUUAGGUUUAUAAUUUUUUUUUUUUUUUUUUUAAAGCUGUUACUUUAAAACAAAUUGCUGAAUUAAAAAAAACAUUCUUUAUAAUUUAGUAGUCAAUAAAUGCUAUCCAUCUAAAAAAAAAAAACAUUGGGUGCCAUUUUUAUAAUGCAAGAGACAAUAUGGAGGAAAGGGUGGGUAUGGCGGGUUAGCGUGAGAGACAUUCUAAGGAGAGCACAUUGUGUGCAGAAACAAGUCCAUGUGUGAGGGUAUGAGCAUUAUAGAGAAAAUCUAGGGGGUAUUAUGCAUAAAGGGUUGUGUUUACUUUUUGUGCAUUUCUGGUGCUUUUCCUAUUUUGCAUCUAUUUAUUCCUCCCUUUUUAUUAUUUUUGUGCCAAAAUAAUCCUUACUGUGCCUAUUAUGUCAUUUAUUUUCGUGUUCCAUUUUUUUCUUUUUCUUUUGGUAAACAAAUUUGUAUAAUGUAUAAAAAAAAUUUUUUACCAAGGUGUGCCAUUUUUCUGGCAUCUUUUUCCAUCACUGUCAGAGUUUUCUUUGACAAAUGAGCAACUUUCACUAUAUUCUUUUUUGUUUAAGAAAUAAAAAUGCCACCAUUAUAUAAAGGUGAACCAAAAGUUUCAUAAUUAAAGGAACACUAUAGUGUUACGAAUACAAAAAAAGUAUCCCUAGCGCUAUGUGCUGGACUACCUAUUCAGGUGUCCGGCCCCUCUCAGAAUGAAGUUAAAAGGUAUUUAACUCAUCUUUUCUCCUCCAUGGCUGAGAUUAUCAGUCUUGAUUAUCUCAGCCAAUCGGAUACUUUUCCAUAGGAAAGCAUUGGGAGGCAAUUGCCCAUGCACAGCAAAACACAAAUGUGACAAUUUUAUUAAAGACACGGAGGCUCAUAUUAUGCAUAACUCUUUCUUUAUUUCCUCAGCAGCAAAGAUAGAGGAAUAUAAAUAUUAUCAAAUUGAAAGCAAAAAACUGUAUAAGUACACAGGCAACCAAUAGCAUAACAUAGGAAGUGGCUAUAUAAGGCCUGUGUCUCCCACAAUCCCCCUCUUUCUUUGCUGCUUCCUCAGACAGCUAAGUACCAUUAUUGAGCUCUCUACUCAUUGCAUUUUAUUAGUAUUAUUUGUUGUGUAUUCUGGUUUUGCUUCAUGCUCAUUAUUAUUUAUUGUUUUCCUUGCUUGUCUUUUACUCUUGUUGCCUGGAUCGUUGGUGUAUUUGGGGACCCCCCUGGGGCGUUUUUUCCCGCUGCCGCGGGCUCUCUCUCUCUCUUCCCCUCCCUCCCGCCCCUAUCUCUAACCGAGCGCUUCCCAGCGCUGCCCUCUGCCGCGGCGGUUUUCUCUCGGCACCGCGGCUGAGUGUGCUCGUUUUUUCCCCUUUCACGGGCUACCCGCGCGGGUAGGUGCGCGCGCGCCCCUUCCCCCGCCGGGGGCCUGUACACGUGUGCACGCUUGUUCUUAGACGGCGGCCAUUUUGGGUGAUCGCUACGCAUCGCUCAGUAUCCUGCCGUGCGGUCUGUUCUCUCUGGGUCUCCCUGCUACACCAGCGAUCAGGUCCUUUGUGUUGUGGCUGGGUUAAUCAACCCACUUAUUUAGUUUUCACCUUUAUUGUUCAGUGCCGUUUUUCUAGUGUCUCUGCCAUUAUGCAGGAUAGGGAGGAUGGGCCUACUGAUCCCUCUGGGGAUUUUCCUAAUGUUAACCCUGAGGGUGCUAUGGCAUCUCAGGAGUUUCAAGCCUUAUUAGAGGCCACUAUGGCUUCCUCCCUUCAGAAGGCUAUUGCCUCAGCUAUGGGGGCUGUCUCCUCCUCCUUUACCCAGUCUCUGCAAUCUGGGUUUUUGCCUUCCACGGCUACCCCUGCCCCCCUGGGUGUGGGGUCCCCUUCUCCUGCCCAUACUGUGCCGGGUGCCCGUAAGGCAAAGGAUAAAUCUCGUCAUAUCGGUUCCCACUCCUCGAUGCAGGUUUUGCCUGCCAUGAAUGACUCGCCUCUGGCGGUCACAGAUAGCGCGCAUCCCACGCGCACAAGAGCCCCUGGCCGGGCUAAAAAGGCUAGAUUGUGGAAACGGGCUAGAGCCCUGGAUGAUGAGUCGGAUUCCGACCGGAGUGUGGAAAAUGAAUCCGAUUUUAUGGAGUACGACUCCUUUGUUGAUGACGAGUCGGGAGAGGACAUACCCCCUACGGGGGUUCCCCCUUCUAGGUCCUCUGCCAACCCCCGAGGUAAGGUCACUGGCCCGCUGGGGACAAUAAAGCCCUGCUAGACCCACAGGGUAACCCCAUGUUUGACCCGGACGACCUCCGUCACCCGCGGUCUGCCGAAUGGGUCCCUCCGGACCACAUCACCCAAUAUGUGGCUAAGCGAAUUCGCACGCCCCUAUCCAAAGAAGGCCGCAAUAAGCUGCGCGCCGAGUGCCCACGGCCUUCUCUCCCUGGCGCUGCCUGCAAAACCCCAGAAAUCGACCCACAAAUCGCCCAAUUUUUAAAUAAAUCUGGCUGGAAACCUAAGAAGGGUCUUGAUCAUUCCCUGAAGGGAUGCCAGGAUAAGAUCCUGGAUACGCUGGGCCCCCUGUCGAAGCUGUACGAGCUUCUUGAUGCCGCUAGAUCAGGGGAAUCUGUUUUGGAUGUGGAUGUGGCCAUUGGGUGGGUCCAACGGGCUAUAUGCCUUCUGGGUAACGCCAACACGGCGGUGUCCUCCGAGAGGCGCAAGGCCAUUCUACUAAAGAUUGACCCUAAAUUGGCCGCUAUGUCUGUGGCGGAGCCUGAUUCGGCUGAUGAAGGUCUGUUGUUUGGCACAUCCUUCGUGAAGGACAUGGGGUCAUAUGUCAAGACCUUUACGGCUAUUGACAAGGCGCAGGCAAAUAUGAAGCGCGUCUUCGCGCCCAAGGUUUUCGGAGGGGCCGGGCGUAACAGGAACCGUCCUCCCGGCCGUGGUUUCCGAGGCUCGUUCCGUGCCACCAGAGGUUCCUUUUUUCCCUCCAGAGGGUUCCAGGACCCGAAAACUCCUUCCUUCUUCCCGGCAAGGGGGAGAUCGUGGGGCUCCAGAUACCCCCGUGGUGGAACUUCGGGCAGACGCCCUUAUGGUGAGUACCCUUUCUUCCCCUCUCGAUCAGGUUCGGGUGGCGGGGAGGCUGGCCUUAUUCUACCUAAGGUGGGCAGAUAUAACUGCGGAUGCUUGGGUUCUGCAAUGCGUAAAGGGUUAUCGCCUAGAGUUUGUUUCCCUGCCUGUUCAAAUUUCUGUUCCCAGGGAGUUGUCUCUCCCACCGGAACAGGACGCGAUGAUCUCCGCGGAGGUCGAGGAGAUGUUUUCAAAGGGUGCCAUAGAAGAAUUGCCGUUCGCUGCCCCAGGCUUUACGAGCAAUCUCUUCUUAGUACCCAAGAAAGGGGGCGGUGUCCGCCCGGUUAUAAAUCUUCGCCCUCCCAACGCGUUCCUGCGCUACCAACACUUUCAGAUGGAGGGCAUCCAUUGUCUCAGGGAUCUGCUGCGGCAGUCGGAUUGGAUGGCCAAAUUGGACCUGAAGGACGCGUACUUCACGGUUCCAAUAGCGGUGGAAUCCAGGGACUACUUGCAUUUCACCUGGCACGGACGGCGUUGGCGUUUUACAUGCCUGCCGUUCGGUCUCUCCUCGGCCCCUUGGUGUUUCACCAAGGUGAUGAAGCCGGUGGUGGCGUACCUCCGUACCAGAGGGGUUCGCCUCAUUAUUUACCUGGACGACAUUUUAAUUAUGUCCCAAUCGAAAGAAUGCCUGGAGUUGCAUCUGAGCUGGACUAUCAACCUUUUGCAGAAUCUAGGUUUUCUAAUCAACUGGGACAAGUCGGUCAUGACCUCCGCCCAGUCGAUGGAGUUUUUGGGGUUUCAGGUGGAUUCCAUACGGCAAUUCCUCUACUUGCCGGAAUCAAAGAUGAAGGCCAUUCAGAAAGAGCUCCGGCGAGCUCUACGGGCCUCAGAUCUCUCGAUACGUCAGUUGGCGAGGAUCAUCGGCCUACUGGCAUCCUCCAUUCAGGCGAUAUUCCCUGGCCCGUUGCAUUAUCGAGCCCUGCAGCGGCUCAAGGGGUCACACCUUCGUUCAGGCCACUCUUACGAAUCACGGAUUCGUUUGGACGAGGAGUCCAGGGAAGAGAUAGCCUGGUGGCUAUAACGUAGUCAUAGAAUCGGACGCCAGCUUAUACGGCUGGGGCGCUCGUUGUGGCAACGCCUCCACGGGAGGCAGAUGGUCCGACGCAGAGAAGUCGUUACACAUCAAUUGCCUGGAGCUCCUGGCAGGAGCCUUUGCAAUCCGCAGCCUUACCCCGGGACGGGCAAACUGUUGCGUUCUCCUCAAACUGGACAACGUAUCAGCGGUCCGAUACAUCAAUCACCUGGGUGGUACCAAAUCCAAGAUGUUGGCUCUUCUGGCGAAAGAGUUUUGGCAAUUCUGCCUUUACAACAACGUCUCUGUGACGGCGGAGCAUAUUCCGGGUCUGGACAAUUCGACUGCGGAUUGGAAUUCCAGACAUUUAAGAGACUCGGGAGACUGGCGCUUGCACGGCUCGGUCUUCCGAGGCCUAGAAGGUCUAUGGGGUCGUUUCGAGAUGGACCUGUUCGCCUCUCGGCUGAACGCUCAGGUACCGAAAUUCUACAGUUGGAGGCCAGAUCCGGCGGCAGUGGCGACGGAUGCCUUUCUUCAGGAAUGGCCCCCGGGUCGCCUCUAUGCCUUUCCUCCGUUCAACAUGAUUGCUCGCACACUCUCCAAAAUGGUUCACCACGACUGUUGUCUGGUUCUGAUCACUCCCCUGUGGAGAUCCCGUCCGUGGUUCCCUCGACUGAUGGAGUUGUCGAUAGACUUCCCACGGUUGUUGCCGAACUUCCCGGAUCUCCUCUUGGAUCCGGAUGGGAACUCGCACGAACUGGUGAUGCGGCACCAGUUGCCCCUGGUGGCUUGGUUCCUUUCAGGGGACGCUGGAUUGUCCCUAACGUUCCACAGACAACUCUCUUGCUCCUCGAUAACGCGUGGGCCCCGGGCACACGAUCAGCUUAUCGGGCAGCAUGGAAGUCUUGGUCGGGUUGGUGCAUGGAACGGGCAAUGGAUCCCGUAUCUGCCCCUUUCCAUCUGAUCAUGGAAUUUCUCACGUCCCUGUUCGAUUCGGGCAAGGCGUACAGGACUAUCAAUCUUUUUCGCUCGGCCAUUUCGGCCGGACACGAUGGUUUAGAAGGCACACCCGUCGGUAGGCAUCCUUUUAUAUGUCGCCUUCUUAGAGGUAUUCGCCUCGCCCGUCCACCCCGGUCGCGUUUUUCGGCCUUUUGGGACGUCAACAUAAUGUUGCAGUUCCUAUCGGCUUGGUACCCUAACCAAGCAUUGACUCUCAAACAGCUGUCAUCCAAACUGGUUAUGCUGCUUUGUCUUAUCUCUUGUAAGAGAGUCUCCGAUGUCAGGGCCCUGGAUUGGGGUGCCAUCGUGUUUACUCCUGAAGGUGUUACUUUCAACAUCUCUAGGAGGACUAAGUCGGCAUCCAAAUCCUUUGUGUACCCUAGGUUCUCAGGGUGCCUGGCACUCUGUCCGGUGGAUUGUCUUAAGGCUUAUCUGGAUGCUACAAGAACGUUUCGUUCUUCUGAUCGUCAUCCCCUAUUCAUUUCCUUUAAGGCACCUCAUCAACCGGUGUCGACUCCGACGCUAGCGCGUUGGAUUCGUUGGCUUUUAUCCCUAGCGGGUAUAGACACUUCUACCUUUACACCUCACUCCGUGAGGGGUGCCAUGGCCUCGAAGGCAUCUUUGGUGGGUUGCCGUCUGGAGGACAUCAUGCGAGCUGCAGACUGGUCUCGUGAGUCCACCUUCCGAGACUUCUAUUUCAGACCAAUUGAACACAUCGCAUCUCAGAUAGUAGCACAGCUUUGAACUUGCAUAAUAUGAGCCUCCGUGUCUUUAAUAAAAUUCCUAGAUUUUACUAGUAUCAUGACGUAAAGUCAUGAUUUUAUUAAAGACACGGAGGCGAGUAUUAUUCCCUCCCACCCUCCCGGUGUAGGGGUUUGCGAGGGAGAUGCGCUUUUUGGAUUUUUCCAGGUAUGUUACAUUUUGGUCCUCUUAUUUGUCUUGACUUUCGUUUGAAGCAUAUAACUGCUUGAUGUCAAUCACAUGUUGUAAUUUCAGAUUUCGUUUCAGUUUUGAAUGACCUACAGUUCUGACUGGUAAGCAAACAGUUUGGGUUUAGUUAUUACCAUAUUUCUCUCUCUCUUUUAGCUUGAAGUUGUUGAAGCGCUUCCGUUCCUGUUUCUGACCAUGUGGGAUAUCGUUUCGUCUUAGCUGGUCCUCGGUGUUCGCAAGAAAGAGGGGGAUUGUGGGAGACACAGGCCUUAUAUAGCCACUUCCUAUGUUAUGCUAUUGGUUGCCUGUGUACUUAUACAGUUUUUUGCUUUCAAUUUGAUAAUAUUUAUAUUCCUCUAUCUUUGCUGCUGAGGAAAUAAAGAAAGAGUUAUGCAUAAUAUGAGCCUCCGUGUCUUUAAUAAAAUCAUGACUUUACGUCAUGAUACUAGUAAAAUCUAGGAAUUUUUAUGCAUAACCUCCAUAGAGCGAUAGAGUGCAGAGUGUAACAGAGCGACAGUUCAGUGAAUGAUAUGAAUAGAAUAAUAUGUAGAGAGAUUACUGAGAGAUGGCCAGGUCACAAGUGUGUGUUGUGACAGUACAGGCUAUAUAACAAUCACCCUUGGUCUUUUAUCCACCUAGGAACUCCCCAGUAUAAUAGAGACAUCCAAAUAGAUCUGCCUUACUCUUUACAGAAACACUGGAUACAGUCACAAAGUGAGAUUGUUCUUGGAUACCUCGAGACGUUCUGGUUUUACAGCAAGACAUCUUAGAAGCCAACAAUGAUCAGGGGAGAUCUUUAUCUGGGGGUGCUGCUGAUCAGUGCAUUACUGCACUCUGUUACCUGCAACAAAGGUCAGUAUUGGUCUUUAAAAAUCACAAAAUUAACCAGCGUCUACUGGUAAUGAGCAGUAAUGUUAUAAGGAAUGGGGGAAGACCCUGACUAAUUAAUGCAAUAUGUGUGCAUGCGCACAAUAUGUAUGUUAUGUGUAAAGAUUGCACGCAUGCCCCUAAUAUAUAUCACAUGUGAACGCAGAAUAUGUAUAUGUAAAAAAACAUAUAAAGCAUGAAUAAAGAGCUGGCGGUGUGUACAGAACACGUACAGUGUGAAAUAGUAAUACUAAUAUAGUAAAAAGCUGAAAAAGACACAUCUUAUUAUGUUCAGUAUUUACUGCUGGUACAAAAAAAACAAAACGUUUAAAAAACUAAAUGGAUUUUGAAUUGUGCUUGCCAAAAAAGAAACACAAUUCUGGCAAACAGAUUUAUGGCUUUAUGAGCAAAAUAUGAAUGUUUCGAUUUCCUACUGAAGCACUCCAAUUCUGUUUUGCCAAAAAAAAAAUAUGCAAACUAUUUUAUAGCCAUCUACUGAAUUUGAUAAAAUAACCGUUCUGGGCCAACACCUGUAUUUUAUUGUUCUUACUGUGAAAACUCUUUCCACUCCUGUAGGCGAAAUGAAAUGAUAACCUCUUGCACUCUGUAAUGUACUGUGAAAUAGGCACUCAAAGCCGCUUAAUGGUUGUUAACAAUGUCUACAAGCCCAUCGUUCCAAUACUACUCUUACUGUAUUUUAUCAGUGAAAGUGGGCCCUAUAUGCUACAUUCAACACUAACAGGGUUAUUUUCUAAAGUGAGAAUUAUCAGAAAAUCAAAGUAAAUGCAUUGUGACUUUCACAUUUAGGGCCAAAAUAGCUGAAUUGGAACAAAUCCCCACGUCAGCUAUGCUUCCAGUUUGCAAUUGUAGUCUAGAAUCUGAAAUGCACAUUGAAUUCACUUUGAAAUCCUGAGAAUUCCCGCUGUAGUAAUUAACUCUGUAAAAAUUCUGAAAUGUAAUUUCCCAAGAUUUAUAAUAUUAUCGAGAUUAUUUAAUAAAGGCCAAAUACUGAAUGGGGCAAAACCGUCAGGCUUUAUACGGGUCCAUUCGGACUGCAAAAUCCAGACAUUGUUCAUUGUCUAGAUUCUGUAAGUCGGGCCCCAAACAUUUGGUUUAGAUUUCAGCUGGACCGAAUGUCAGCAGACGACUGAAAUCUGGACCGAAUGGCACAUUAAAAAAAAGUUUUAAAAAAUAAACAAUUAAUUAAUAAAUAAUUAAAUAAAAAUCCUAUAGGGGUCAAUAAGACACCCAUAUUAUUAUAAUGGAGGUGUUUUACCUCAGGGUGCCCCCUAAUGCCAUGCAGCAGUUGGAGGUAUUUCUACAAAAUUUACUGCUAAAUCUACCUAGUCAGUCACUAGAAAAGGCUCCCACUGUGAAAUAACUGGACUUAGUCCUCCCCUGCUCCUACAUGUGGGCAUUGGGAGGGGGCUCUACUACUAUUCACUACCAGAGGGUUGGAGGCCCCGCUCUAAGAAAUAAGUAUUUGUGAGGCGUGAAAUAAAAUUAAAUGUAGAAAUUGAUACUUCUUUAUAUUGCACUCAGCACCCCCACCUUAGCACCCUGUUACUAAUUGUUAUAAGUUCUGUCCUUUGCACCUGGCAGUCAGCAUAGAGAAAGUAUACAGAGAAAAAAUGAGACAGUGUUUCUAUUUCUCCCCCUCAUUUGCAUUGUAUGCCUUGGUUGUGGCUGUACAGAAUUGGACUGUGAUGUCAUUUGCUAAAUCUAUAAUAUAAAUUUAAAAUAAAAUGUAAAAUCCCCUUGAAAAAAAAAAAGAUUAACACAACUUAAAAGUAAUUUUAAUGCUUUAUUCAGUAGUUUAGUUUCCAGAAAAGUGACAGUAGCCCUUUAACAGAAUUAACUUAGUAAUGUCAGCAUCUUAAAGAAAAAUGACAUGAAAUUAAAAUAAAAAUUUUUUAUUGCUAGUCACAUGAUGUCUACCUAUGGAAGAAGACUAACAAUUAAAUUAUGGUUUAGGCACAAUUUUAAGACCAUAAGGGAUAAAGUGAGAAUGUUGUGAGUGCUUAGUAAAUUUCAAAUUACCAAUUUGGCACAACCUCAGAAUUUGUUAUUAGAAACUUACUUCACUCUAACUUUAAACCAGUUUUAAAUUUCAGUAAAACAUGGGGUUUUACCUAUCUAAACUAUUUUUUUUAACAAUUUAGAGAUUGCAGAUUUACAAAUUGUAGCGAACCUCUUUGUGAGGAAAUAUAAACUGCUGUUGCAUAAACCAAGUAGAUCGUAUUUAGUGGAACAACCUGAUCUACACAUUAUGUCCCAUGCUGUUUUCUGUUCCCAAAAAAUAAUUGUUCAUUUGAUAUCACGAGAUCUGCAUAAAAACCUGUUAAUUCCUAUUCCUAUUGAAAGCACUGUUUUUAAAAUGAUAUGCCUAAAUAUUAUCCCUUAAUAACCACUCAAAUAAUUUCAUGUGGGUGGUGAAAAUCCAUGAUAAAUAGCCUGAGAUUUUGAUCACCUUUAUAUCACUCCUUAAAAAAUAAUAAUAAUUAAAAAUAAUGGCUUGGUUAUUACUUGUUAUCACUAGACUACGCUUACAAAGUACCUGUACGUAUAUAUUUCUGGACAUGCGUUUUUAUUUACCUCAAAUAUAUUUAAUUGUGUCUUACUGCGCAUUAUAUUGUUUGUGUUAAAAACUUGUUGUUUAUUCAUGUGUGUAAAGAAUAUCUUCUGUAUUAUGUAUAGAUAGAAAUUUUGAGAGUGAAUAUACCAAACAUAGGCCCAGAUUUAAUAUUUUUGCAUAAACUUUUCAAAUGAUUUUAUAUUUUUGUUUUUGUCACUAUAGUGUCAGGAAACCCUUCAACAGCUUACCUUUAUCCAGCACCGGGCUCCCUCGGCGCUGGUGACCUCUCCUCCCCCGCCGACGUCAGUUCCCCUCUGCGUGAUGGAGGUGAAAUGUGCCUCCAGCGUCGCAGAUGCGCCUCUAGGGGCUGUCCAGAAGACAUCCACUAGAGGCUGGAUUAACGCCAAAUGUAAAAAAAGCAGUUUCUCUGAAACUAUGUUUGCAUUUGAAGGGUUAAAACCUGAAGGACCUGGCACCCAGACCACUUCAUUGAGCUGAAGUGGUCUGGGUGACUAUUGUGUCCCUUUAAACUUUGAUAAACUUUUUAAAGGAUUUUGAAAAAAUAUUUUAAUAUGUUUAUUUUAAUAGUUUGAAAAUAUAAUAUAUUUUUUGAUAUUUUAUUAUUUUGAAAAAAUAAUUGUAACAAUUUAUCCAAAAAUAUCAAAUUGGGUCCACAGUUAUUGAGGAAAAUCAAAUUCACUCAGAAUUAUUGGUAAAAGCUAACACUGUAUCCAUUAUAAUGUGGUAUAUUAAACAUAUUUAAAUAAUAUUGAAAAAUAAUACUAUUAUGGACAUAAUCUAGUAGUAAGUAAUCUUUUAUGGAAAAUAUAAAAAUAUAAAAAUUUAUUGAGUAUUAUGAGUUAAAUUUAAAAAAAAUAUGCAUAAAUAUUGGGUAAAUUGGACUACGUAUCAUAUACUAUCGAGAAAAUAAUUUUAUUGGAUAUUUUCAGGAACAUCUAAUAUAAAUAUUUAUUAUUGUGAAAAUCUAGCAAUGUAUCUUUUUCUAUGAAGAGAAAAUGUUAACCAUGUGACUGUAAUUUGGCAAAAUCUAUCAAUAUAUCCAACUAUAACUAACUUGUAUUACUGAGGGGCAAACAAAUAACAAUGUAGCCAAAAUCAGGUGAAAAUCUCGCAUUUUAAUCAGUGCUAAGGACAAACAAUCUAGUCAGUGACAUGGUGGACUUUUAGCAUGCUUUAGUAUUGUGGGAAACCUCAACAAUUAAAUUAGUAUUGUUGAGAGAACCAAUCAAUUUACCAUCUACAAGUAGAGAACCUGAUGGAUACAAUCAAUUAUUUUAGCCUGAAUUUUAGCUAAACCAAACAAGCAAUGUAUCUAAUAUAUUUAAUGUUAUUGGGAAAAUCUUGCACUUUAUUUAACAUUAUGGUGGGGCUAUAGAAAUAUCUUUAUACAAUGGGAUACAUAAUAAUCUCUUACCCGACUACCAACUGUAAGGAUCUGGAGCCGCUCCAGCAAUGCCUACAAUCCCAAAUAAAAUUUUCAAUUAACUUACUCAUAGAAGGUCAAGUUUUGAUUGACAUACAUCACAGAUGCCAUUAGCAAACAAUGCAUGUUCACGGGUUCUGUCACCAGAAAUUGUCUAUGCCGCUACAGUACAUAUUUUAAAAACGUCCUACACCUUGCGCUGGUCCUCAUUAUAAAAAGGUGAAAAAAACUAUUUGGAGCUAUCUGUGGUAAUAAGAACGCACAGAAUUCCUUGGCGUAAAGAUGGGACCAUUCUGGAAAUCACGGAUCUUGAUUGUCUGCUGAGAUCACAUGCUAUCUGUGGCUUUUUUUAAUAUCACCCAGUUACUGUAACCAAGGACAUACAAAUUGUAAUGCUAUUUAAAGAUGGCCACUUCCACAUCGAAAUACUGCUCAUUGAAAAUGUCUGUAAUGUUUAUUCGAUAUAUGAAAAUAUCUGUUGAAAAUAUUGUUUUGACCUCAACUAUGAAAAUAUUUUGUUUUUAAAAGAAAAAAAAAAUAGCAACGGUUUCACUUUAACAUCAUGUUAUGUUACUAAGAUCCCUUUCAAAGAGUUAAUACGAAAUCAUAUCAAAUACGUUUAUUCACCAACAGGGUUACUCACCCAAGUGAAUUUUAAAUUAAAGCCACUGUAACUGAAAUGAAAGCAAUUUAGAGAAGAAUGUUUAUAGUUUGGCUACUUUGACCUUGAAAUUAGAAUUCACAUUAAAUUCUCACUUGAAUUGUACAAUUACUGUAAACAUUGAAUUGUAGUGAUCUGAAAUCCAAAUUGUAAAAUUUUCAUGGGUAUUUACUAAACUGUGAAUUCGAAGUGAAUUCAAAGGUAAUUUCAAGUUUAAGGCCAGACUAGCCAAACUGAAAGCAUUGCUGACUUAGAGAAUUUGUUCCUGGUCGGCUAUUUUGCCCUUAGAUUUGAAAUUCACUUUGAAAAGGCUGCAAUAGCUGAUUUUUAAACAUUCUCCACUCGUCCAUAGUCACAGCACGGCUAGUAUGGCUUUAAUUUUGCAAUUAAGAUUUAAUAAAUAACUUUGAGUCUAGAACUCCACUUCAGGUUAAUAUAAAAAUUGUGUGAGUGAUUAUGCCAGUAAAUGUAUUGAUUAAAUUAUCUACUUACUGAAGCCUGCUCAACUGCUGCCUAGGAAACAAAGUACUUCAUUUCAUAGAUUCGCUGUUUCUAUGGAAGGGAGUAGUGUUGUGGAGCUAACAGAAUAGGGAAAUAUUUGAUUGUGUUUUUCUGCUGUGCAUUUAUCUAUAAUAUAUAUAUAUUUUUUACAUUUUACUCUCUUCUUUGUGGAGUGAAGCCUUUUCAGGCAUUUUUAAUCAUUGCCACAUAGAGAGCAGCCCAUUAGUAGGGUUAGCACCUCAUUAUUUGGCCACAGUACAUGGUGUGCCAUGAGGGAUAUCUGAUAUAUUUGUCACCAUCUUCAUAUUUGAAUUAUUCAGUUGACAAACAAGGUUUUGUUUAAGAGGGAAUCUCAGGAGGCAGAACCAUGGGAUGGGGCAAUACUGGAAGCAUUAACAGAUGUCUAUAGUUAAAGGAACACUAAAGGGUCAUGAACACAAACAUAUAUUCCUUACUCUACAGUGUUAAAAACACUAUUUUGCCCCCCCCCCCUUACCUCCUUAGAUAUAAUAAAACUCACCUUCUUCCCAGUGCUGCGCAGAUCUGACGGUGUUGGCUCCGCCUCGAGCUGCCUCCUUGGCUGACAUCAUCAGAAUUGAUUAUCUCAACUAAUCCUGAUGCUUUCCCAUAGGAGCCAAAUGCUGCCAUGGCCAAUCAGUAUCUCCUCAAUCAAUGCAUGUCUAUGGGAAAAGUUUAGCAUCUUCAUGCAGAGCGUGGAGAAGCUGAAAGCCAGUGCUGCACACUGUGCACAGCCCCAGGAAGCACCUCUAGUGGCCGUCUGAGGAGUGGCCACUAGAAGUGUAAAAUUAAAUUUAAUAAAUCCAGACUCAAUUAACUUUUCUCUUGCUUCGUAACUGGUCCUCACCUGGCAGAGAAAUAGAAAACUCAACUCGAUAUCUGUGCAGAAGGAUUGCAAAUUAUUGCAACACAUCUCACACUGUAUAAGAGCCUGUACUGCUCAGUGUGUGCAGAGCUGCUUCAUAACAGCCGAGGGGAGAAGUUAGUACUCUAUGCUCUGGGAACAAAGAUUAGGACAUACGUGCAAGAUACCAUACAGAUUCAUGGUAUUAGCUACACACACAUAUUUAUCUGCCAGAGAUAUUUAUAAAGGGUGGGUAAGCAGGAUUUGGCCGAACUGAAUCACCGCUAACCCUCUUGGCAGAGCUGAAUCACCGUUAACCCUGUCUGCCUUUCUCUGAAGCUAUGUCAGUUCAGUUGAGCCAAAAAUAAUUCGCAGAGAAAUGUUUUGGACUAAUUAUGAGAAAAUUAAACAUUCACAUUAUCACUUCCCAAGCUAGGUUGGUAUGCAGUGGGUGUCAGAGAUAUGUUAUUAUCAAAAUACUUAAAAACUGCAUCAAUAGCCUAUUGCACUGUAACAACUACAAUAUACAUCAGUGGUUAUGUUGCAAAGAUACUCCCUUUAAAGGGUAACCAGUCCCCUGAAAUUUUCUUUACAUAAACCAAUUUAGAGUUAUAUUCCCAACAGAUUCAUAUUAUUUUUCAUAUAACAAUUUGUAGUAAAGAUAUCUGUAACUACGUCUUGAUUCUAAGGAAGAGGAAAUGGUUGUUUGAAAUGCCUGAUUAUGCUGAACGCCAUCUGUACCGUAAGGAAUCCAGAUUAUCUAGAAAUCCUUUAUUCCAUGUUAAUUAAAAAAUACUUAACUGAUUUUAAAAACAUCUUAAAAUGUAUAAUCAUUUUUUUAAAUACUGCAUAAGAACGUUUUCUGAUGACAGACUUUUUUUUUUAAUCAUCUAUCAAAUAUAAAUUUGUUGUAGGCGAUCAAAAACAUGAAUAGGGUAAAAUAAAAGCUGCUUGGUGUGUGUUUCAUUAUUGUACACGCAUUUGCAGGCAUUUCCAAUGCCAGACAGAGUUCUAGGUAAUUCUUACAAAACUCUGCUUUAUUUUAAUGGACCACAAAGGUCAAAUAAAGCUAAAAUCCAGAUGUGGACCCCUUGCUCACGAUGCCUAGAGGGAUAUCGGCCAUACCUCACUGAUGAUGCCUUACAAGGUUGAAACUAUUGUCUGGGGUUGCCGUAUGUCUAGUGAAGAGAGAGCCAGUCUGCAUUUUGGAUCUGUUCUGCCCUAUUGGGUGGGAUCAGUCUGAUAUGCAAAUAUAUGUGUUGUGCAAUUAUUGGCACCCUUCUAAUCAAUACUUUGUGCUACCUUCCAUUGCUAAGAUAACAGCUCUGAGCCUUCUCCUAUAAUGCCUGAUGAGGUUGGAAAAUACAUGGCAUGGAAUCUGAGGCCAUUCCUCCAUACAGAAUAUCUCCAGAUCCUUCAAAUUUCAAGGUUUACACUGGUGGACUCUCCUCUUAAGUUCAACCCACCGGUUUUCUAUAGGGUUCAAGUUAGAAGACUGGGAUGGCCAUGGCAGGAUCUUGAUUUUGUAGUCUGUAAAUAAUUUUUGUGUGGAUUUGGAUGUAUGUUUUAGAUUAAUGUACUGCUGGAAGAUCCAACCAAAGCCCAUUUUAUUUUUUCACUUUCUUUAUUUUUGUAUUUUGUCAUAAAAAAGAAUUACAAAACAUUCCUGUGUUGCCACAACAGCUAAGACAGGACAAGCAGUAAAACAGAUCAGAAUGAGUGGCACACAAUAUUAAUUUGUUUGAAAUAAGUUUAUUGGUGCACAAGAAAAGCAGUCAUCCCACGCAGGGGAGAUAAAUGGAUCAUAAUAAGCUUUCGAUAUAGGCAUAUGCCACAGAGUGCAUUUUAUAUCGCCUGAGAGCAGUCAAAGCUUAAUGAGGCAGAAAGGUUAGAUUAUGUGAACACAAGUAACAUAACUAAUGUUAAGCAAAUGACAUAGUGCAUAUCCGGUCCAACAGUAGCAAGAAGAGAUCAUUCUCUGCAUCUUAUUUUGCUGUCAGCAUAUGUUAGCCGUACAAUGUUUAGGUAAAUCUGAACCGAGAUAUUUGCACUAUUGUCUACGCUGGAUUAUAACGGGUCCAGUUAAAUAAUGCCUAUUCUCAACUGUAUUUGAUUAAACAUUACGCAGCAACCCAUUAGUGAGUCCCCAUAUGCUGGCAGGGAGGGGUUAAACUAUGGUAUAACACAAGGGCUCAUCAUUAGAAAAUCAGAGACAGGGUUAGUAAUUCACUCUGAGAUGUUAACAUGACAUUCAAUGAUUAGAUAAUGGGGGAUUAGGGGCUUAAUCGGUUGCUGUGUAUCUUCCUCUCCCCAUGUUUAACAGGGUAGUAUGUUGUAAGUCUUACAUUCGUGCCCUCAGGUAGGAGGUAAUUGGUGUCCCUAAGAUUGGACCCACUGAAACUGUACGUGCGAGAUUACAAACACAACUGAAAAAUAUGCAAUGAACGGUUAAACUGUAAACAUGCUGUUCCGUAACAUAGGGUAAUAUGAUGGGGGUAUGAACCUCCGGCUAUAGAGCCUCGAAAUAUUACAAUUAUUAAUGAAUAUUGAUAUACGAAUUAUAGCAGCACAGGGUUUUAUAUUAGUCGGUCGAGGGCCGACUAUGGCACAGCAGCGAUAUGUCCCUCAGUCCACGGGUCUCCAGCUCUCUCCCCCAGGCAGGUCUCAGCCCGCCAGUUGGACUCUCCUUGGCUCUGUGGGCACUCAGAAGCAGGUCUAGUCCGCAUGACCCCCACACCUAGAGUCUGCGAACCGUCUGCCUCCUGCACCUCCCCAAAACCUCUCAAGUCUCCGUGGAGCGUGUGCCCCCAUGUCUCUCCUGGCGCCGGCCACACUCUUGGGGGUGGUGCACGCCAGUCUCGGCCACCGGUCCGCCGGGAGGCCCGCCCCCACCUGGUCCACAGGGCUCACAGCGCCAGGGACAAGUCCCUCCGGGAUCUCGGAGGCCCGGGCACCUACUCCUCUUGCGGGCUGGUUGCCGGAGAAUCCAUCCGGAGGUCGGUAGCGCCGAAGGCUACACGCUCUGUCCAAGGCGGUCCCCACGUUAGGUGAGUAUUUUCCACUGUGUCCCUUCUCAGAGCCGUCGGGUGUUUAAUGAAAGGGGUUUAAAACAGCCGUGUGCAUAUAUCCACCGCUGUGGCUGUCCCCAUGUCUGUUUGGUCCAGUCUUCUGACAGGCUGUUCCGCCUGCAGCCUUUGCCAGUGUAGGCGGUCGGCACAACACCAGCCCGGGGACUCCCGUCGCCAUGUGGGCCGCCGCCAUGAGGUCGGGAUUACCCCCGCCGACCAUGAGGGGGGGGAGCGGGGCCGCACCGCCGGCAGGCACCGGCCGUGUUAAGUCAGGGCCCCUUCGCGCUGACCGCCCUACUCAGUUGCCGCUUGAGGCUCCAGAUCGUGUGUAGGCCGGAGACAUCAGCACCCACCUUCCAUCUUGCUGUUGGUGGUUAUUGGGUGUCUUUCUGAUGCUAGGGUUUUGCUCUGCUCCGGUACCGCGAAGAUGUCCACUUUGGGGUGUUCAACACACCUUUUUAGUGCGUUUUUCCCGUGCUCGGAUCAGGAGCUAAGGUUCAUGGCUGCCAGCCGGCCCGGCGGCCCGGCCCCGCCCCCCCACAAUAUUAAUUUGCGUUGUCGUAGAUAUCACAGCUAGUAUAACAUCAAGCAUUUUCUUGCAAGACUAACAGGUGUGGAUACUGGAUGACAAAAAUGCUAGUGCGCAAAAUUUCAAAGAAAAACAACUCAAGUGUUCUUAUGCAUCCUAAAGUGCUCUUUAAGUAUAUAAAAAGUGGAACUGAUGUUAACUCACAAUAAAAAUGCAUAGGAAUACACACAUGUGCAUAUACUUACAACCUGUAAGUAUGCACUGAUGGUUUCUGUAAAUAGGAGACAAAAAGGGACAAGAGAAGCACUCCUAGUGCAAUAAAGUUAUUAAGAUUAUAUAAAACUUAGAACCCUCUAUAGGAAUAAAACUCACAAGUUAGGAGUGGUAAUAGCCCCACUCAAAGCCCAGGAUCAGUCCCUAGAGUGCGUGGGAUCCGAUAGAUGCUCUGGUGACCCGGGGAAUAGGUAAAAAAACUUUAUUUGAUAUAUUAAAAACCAAAACCUUAGCAGCAAAAAAUAUAGUCCACCAUCUGCUCACCAACCCAUAGGGAGUGAAGAAAUAACUGCUGUCUUCCUCCUCCUGGUUGUAGCUGUUCUUGCCGGUGUACAAGUUGCAAACACUUCCGUGUUCCUGGUCCCCUGGUUCCGUGACGCGUUUCGCCCCUCCUCCUGGGGCUUUCUCAAACGAGCAGUAUGUCCUCCCACUGGAGAUCGUCUUUUAUUCAUAAGCUAUGUUGCCAUGAUCCAAUCGGCUUAACAACCUCAUUCAUAUAGAGGUAGUGUUCAUAGUUCUUCUAAUCCAUUAGAAUUGUAUACUUUCGAUUACCAAUUCCAGGAAGUAUUUGACAGCCGCACAACCCUUAUCAUGAGGUAUACAGGUGUAUAAGGAGGUAACAUCACAGGUGACUAAGGAGUAUCCCUCUUUCCACUUGAAAUCUUUCAACAUUUUAAGGACAUCAGUCUUAUUAACAAUAGGUUGAAGGAAGGAGUUGAUAUAUUUUGACAAAUUAUUAGAUAGGGACCCAAUACCCGAAACAAUAGGUCUCCCUGGGGGGUUUAGUAAAUCUUUAUGAACUUUUGGAAGAACAUAAAAUACUGGGGUUCUUGGUGUUUUUAUAUUCAGAAAUUCGUAUUCUUUACAAGUUAAAAUACCUUCCAUCUUGCCUUUAUCUGGGAGUCUCGUCAAGGACUUCCUCAUGUUUCCUAAUGGGUCUCCCUCUAAUUUAAUAUAACCCUCAGUGUCCUCCAGUUGUCUCAUACAUGCUUCCCUGAAUCCAUUAUCACCAGACUACUGCCUUUAUCUGCGGUUUGAUGACAAUCUGAUCAUUUUCUCUGAGUCCUUUCAAGGCUGUCCUUUCUUCAAAAAGUGAGGUUGUGCUUAUUAUGUCGGUUAUUUAUUUGCUUAAAAACGUUAAAAACUGCCUUUUCAAACGCCUCUAUACUCCCAUGUUUAAGAUGAUUAGGAUAAAAACUCGAUUUGUUCUUAAAAUGAUGUAUGUUUAAAAUUAUCAUUCCCCUCUGUUGUCUGUGUAGUAUUAGGAUGUUUAUUCGAAAAAAACUUUUUUAUACUUAAUCUCCUCCCAUAUUUCAUUAAAUCUAUAUAUGCCGGAAAUGUGUUAAAAUGUCUUGAAGGUGCAAAUUUUAGACCUUUAUUCAGGACUUUAAUUUCAUUAUUGUUAAGGGGAUAUGUGGAGAUAUUGUUGAUCCCAAUAGGGAUCACUGAUUGUACCUUUUUUCCUUUCUUUUUCUUUCCUCCUCUACACCCCCGAAACUUAUUCUCCUCGUUCUUUUUAAUGGAAAAUCGUACAUUUGGAGUACCUGUUCUACCGUAUUGCCUUUUUUUGUUAUUCCUUACUUUGAUCCACUCUUCCCUCCUAUUUUCAACAUCUCUCGGUUCUCUAUCCCUAUUAGAGUGAACCUCUGACCAUUGUCUGGGAUAAGUGUUACUGGGUUUAUUAUUAACUGGAUUUCUAUUCAUCCUUUGAUAUGUAUCUGUUUUCCUAGUUGAAUGCUCUUUUCUGAAAUCUUUUACUCUUCCUCCUUCAUAAUCCCUCUUAUCUCUUUUAUAUACCGUAUACACUCGAGUAUAAGACGAGUUUUUCGGCACUUUUUUUGUGCUGAAAAAGCACCACUCGUCUUAUACUCGAAUCACGGUCUGCAUUAUGGCAACUUAAAUUUCCAUAGUACAGACCAGGACCUCCGGGCUCAUUACAAGCCCGGCGGUCCUGUGGGGGCUGGCAGCGAGCUGUUACUUACCUUUACAGCAGCUCCUGUCAGCUCCCUUCACCUCCGUGCAGCUCCCCUGUCAGCUCCAUUCUGCUCACAGUGUAAGUCUUGCGACACCCGCGGCCGUCAGAGCGUUGCCGCGGGUUACCGUGGCAAUGCUCCGCGCGGCACGCAGACCGCGAGACUUACACUGUGAGCUGAACGGAGCUGACAGGGGAGCUGCACGGAGGUGAAGGGAGCUGCCGUAAAGGUAAGUAACAGCUUGCUGCCAGCCCCCCCCCACUGCACAGCCCAUCCACUGGACCACCAGGGAUUCACAUAGCCCCCCUCCCUGGCCAGGCAACAAGCAGGGAGGGGGGACAAAAAAAUAAUAAUUAAAUAUUAAAAUAAUUUAAAUAAAAAUAUAAAAAAAUAAUAAUAAUUAUAAUAAUAUUAAAAAUAAUAAUAAUAAAAAUUCCUUCCCCCCACCCAGUUUACAAACACUACACAAACACACACACACUCUGUAUCAUAUACACACAGUGUGUGUGUAUAUAAUGCAGAGUGUGUGUUUGUAUGAGUGUGUGUAUAUAAUGCAGAGUAUGUGUUUGUAUGAAUGCCGUGUGUGUGUUUGUAUGAAAGCAGUGUGUGUAUAUUAUGCAGAGUGUGUGUAUAUAAUGCACAAACUCUGCAUUAUAUGCACACACUCUGCAAUAUAUACACACACACUCUGCAUUAUAUACACACACUGCAUUAUAUACACACACACUCAUACAAACACACACUCUGCAUUAUGUACACACACACUCAUACAAACACACACUCUGCAUUAUAUACACACGCUGCAUUCAUACAAACACACACUGCAUUCAUUAUACACACACACACUGCAUUCACACAAACACACAUUCUGCACUCAUUAUAUACACACAUUACACACAAACACACACACACUGCAUUCAUUAUAUACACACACACUGCAUUCACACAAACACACACAUUCUGCAUUAAUUAUAUACACACACUACACACAAACACACACACAAACACACACACUGUAAAUAAAUAUUCAAUUAAUGUAAUUUUAUUGGGAUCUAAUUUUAUUUAGAAAUUUACCAGUAGCUGCUGCAUUUCCCACCCUAGUCUUAUACUUGAGUCAAUACGUUUUCCCAGUUUUUUGUGUUAAAAUUAGGGGCCUCGACUUAUAUUCGGGUCAUCUUAUUCUCGAGUAUAUACGGUAUAUUUUCUCAAGGCAGAGAGGCCGUCUUGGGCCCAGAUUCACCACGUGCUCGCCGCCACAUGUCUCCUAUCGUGAGCCCUGCACCAGGCUUGUUGGGUCUUGGUUUUUUAGAUUUGCGUCCCAUGGCGGUCAGGCUAGCAAGGGGGACCUUUCCGCGUGCCAGGGGUGCUUUUCGGAAAGAUUGUGGCUGAUUUUCAAUAGCACGUCUCCGGAGCUCCAGAAACGUGCGACCUCUCACUUUGUCAGUUAGACUCCGCCCCCGGCCCAUUUUAAGCUUUCUGGCAGAGGCAGUCCCAUGUCCAUGUAAUAUCUUUUAAAGUUUGUAGAUAUCUGACUGAAAACCAUGAUACCAUGCAUCCUAACAAAAUGUUCAGGUCCACUGGCAGAAAAACAGCCCCAAAUCUUUAAAGAGCCAAAUCAUAUUUAACCGUGGGUAUGAGGUGCUUUUCCAUAUGUCUACCAAGCCCACCUCUACCCUCUAUCCCUUUAGACAUUCCAGUAGUGUCUGGCAAACUGAAGACGCUUGAGUUUGUUUUUGGAUGAGAGCAGAGGCUUUUUUUUUUUUUUUAAACCCUUUCAAACUAGUUGUGGUUAUGUAGGUGACAUUAGAUUGUAUUUCUGAGACUUUCUGACCCCAAGACGCAACUAACUUCUGCAAUUCUCAAGCUGCGAUCCUUGGAGAUUGUUUUGACCACUGGAACCAUCCUCUUCCCAGUGCAUUGAGACAAUAUAGAGAGAUGUUCUCUUCCAGGUUGAUUCAGAACAUUUCCAGCUUUUGCUAUUUUCUUAUAGCCACUUCCUAUUUUGUGAAGCUCAACUACCUUUUACUGCACAUCACAGCUAUAUGCCUUGGUCCUACCCAUUGUGAUUCCAAUUUGGACUAUGUGUUACCUCAUAUUUAUACCCCUGUAAAACAGGAAGCCAUGGCUGAACGAUUUCCUGUUCCUAGUCACCCAGGUGUACUAAAUAAUAUAAAAUAGCAAUAUAGGGAAUAUACUUCAUAUAUAAUUUUUUCUAUUAAGAAUUCAUUGGGGUGUCAAUAAUUGAACCACACAUAUUUUUAACAAAGAUUUUUUUUUUUUGGGAUAAGCCUGUGUUGUGUUUGCAGUUGUUCUAGCCACAAGAGCAGAGUAUUUUUGUGUAUUUUUUUUAACAAAAGGUUAAACAAAAAAUAAAAUUUUCACAGCCUUCUUUGCUCAUAUUUACUAAGGGUGCUAAUAUUAAUAAAGAGCACUGUACAUCAGGCAUAACUACCUACAACAAUGGUCAUCUCAACUCAUCAAUGACAGUAGUUGUCUUUGCCACACAGGCAUAAAUCCACUUUAAUAUGAUGUAACAGCAUCAGACAGCUUAUUUAUCCACCACUAGGUGUUGUGCAUGUGUAAGUUUCUACUCAGUAUGUAUGUGUUGUUAGUGGUUAGUAUAUUUGUGUUCAUGUUCAAUGCAUUUUUGCGCAGGUAAUAAACACAAGCCAUGGAUGGAAGCCCAGUACCAAGGAAUUAUUAUGGAGAAUGACAACACGGUUCUACUUAACCCUCCAUUGUUUGCUCUGGAUAAAGACUCACCUCUGAGAUAUGCAGGUAUGGGGGGAAAUGUAUACAUAAAUCUGGCUAAGGGAAAUUAUUGUGUGUUCAGGGAGCACGGUAUAGAACAUGCAGGUGGGGUAUGUAUAUGGAAGAGGAGCUAGAUUUUGUUUUGUAAAUGGAAGUUUUGGAAGAGUUGUAUAGAAGAAGGGUUUUAUAAAAGAGGGAGUUGGGCAGAGGGGUGUGUAAUUAAGGGUAUUGGGAAAAUACUUUUUGGAAGAGUAGUCUAGGAGGAAUUAUAACUGAACAGUUGGGGAAAGCAUUGUGCAAAAGAUGCGUUGGUAGAAGGGGUUGUGUUCAUCUGUGGUUAUUAUUCAUGUUUGAUAUGUGCCUAUUUUAGAGUUUUGUGCCUGCCUAAACUGUUGGAGCUGCUACUGUUUGUGAUUUAGCUCCUAUACUCAACUGCGUAUUUUCACCUAGUAUUCUCUUCCUCUGGAGUAAGUCAGGUAGAUUCAUUAUAGUAAACAUCCCAAACAUCAGGCAAGGCUUGAUGAAGGGUAAAGCAAGUACAACUUUUACUCAGCAGCUUGCAGGUAUAUAUACACACAUUCCCAGCACAGAGUCACCAAGGCACACAACGUAAUCCCACCCUGGCACUUUGGUGUCUUGAUCAUAACCUUAUCAACAGCCAAAUAAUUUAAUUAACUACGAGACACCAGGAAGCCUAUAAAAAAAAACACCCCAAAACAAGUGUUCCACACAUGAUAUUUCCAAGUGUCAUACAUCCCCGGAGAUCUCUGGUUCUGAGGGGCAAACUGGCCAUAAAGCGCCCAGAUAUGAGGUCUCUAUCCCUAGCAAUCAGUGGAUGAAGUUUGACUUGGCUAGACCAUUAUCCGAUCUGGCGCAAACUUCAACAAUGUUUAGUAGUAAGUCCCGGUCCCUGAUAACAGCUUCCUGUGGCUGCAUAGAAGGGAGCUUCCAAAGGUCCAGGGUAUUGUUGGAUUACUCAUCACCUCCCCAACUUUUCUCCUCCAAAUAGCGCUCUGUAUGAUAGUCAGGAUAAAUAUGCAAUUGAAGUUUUACCGGACUGUGGCAUAUUUGUAACCUGGAAAACAAUUACAGGGUGAUUAGAGGAACCUCCCGGUCAAGCGCUCUGUACCUAGAAUGAGCCUAGAUAAUUUCCCAGUGUCCCUGGAGCUAGCUGGACAGUACAACUAGGUGUUCUGGUUAUUCUGCAGAGCAAAUGCACAGGGUGGGGGGGGGGGGUGCAAAAAGUGAUUUUAGUCCUUUUGGGGAGAGAUUGGUCUGGAGUCCCGAGUCAGUUAUCAAAGUGACCGGAUCAGUCCAUCACACUAUUUAUUUGGGAGAUGGGUUUUAUUAUUAAGGGGUUUGUGUUCUCUAUACUGAGACUAUACAUAUAAUCCUUAGUUAGGUAUAAGUCACAGUACUGAGGAGUACAUGCUUGAUACCUAAAUAUCUUCUGUCAGGUGAGAUCUGCGGGUUCAGAAUUCAUGGUUCUGGGACUCCAUUUGAGGCAGUGGUCCUUGACCGAACAACAGGGGAAGGGCUGAUCCGUGCCAAAGGUCCCGUUGAUUGUGAGGCUCAGAGGGAACACACGUUUACAAUUCAAGCCCAUGAUUGUGGAGAAGGACCUGAUGGAAGCAACAGCAAGAAAUCUCAUAAGUGAGCAUGUAAUUGUAUAUUUACCAUGUAUAAACAAAAUGCAUGUGAACUUAUAGCAUGGCUCAUCUCCUUCUCUCUGACAGUCAGUUCAUUACUCCUAUAGAAUGGCUCCUCUCCUUCUCUCUGACAGUCAGUUCAUUACUCCCAUAGAAUGGCUCCUCUCCUUCUCUCUGACAGUCAGUUCGUUACUCCCAUAGAAUGGCUCCUCUCCUUCUCUCUGACAGUCAGUUCAUUACUCCCAUAGAAUGGCUCCUCUCCUUCUCUCUGACAGACAGUUCAUUACUCCCGUAGAAUGGCUCCUCUCCUUCUCUCUGACAGACAGUUCAUUACUCCCAUAGACUGGCUCCUCUCCUUCUCCCUGACAGUCAGUUCAUUACUCCCAUAGAAUGGCUCCUCUCCUUCUCACUGACAGUCAGUUCUUACUCCCAUAGAAUGGCUCCUCUCCUUCUCUCUGACAGACAGUUCAUUACUCCCAUAGAAUGGCUCCUCUCCUUCUCCCUGACAGUCAUAGACUGGCUCCUCUCCUUCUCUCUGACAGUCAGUUCAUUACUCCCAUAGAAUGGCUCCUCUCCUUCUCUCUGACAGUCAGUUCAUUACUCCCAUAGACUGGCUCCUCUCCUUCUCUCUGACAGUCAGUUCAUUACUCCCAUAGACUGGCUCCUCUCCUUCUCUCUGACAGACAGUUCAUUACUCCCAUAGAAUGGCUCCUCUCCUUCUCUCUGACAGUCAGUUCAUUACUCCCAUAGACUGGCUCCUCUCCUUCUCUCUGACAGUCAGUUCAUUACUCCCAUAGAAUGGCUCCUCUCCUUCUCUCUGACAGUCAGUUCAUUACUCCCAUAGAAUGGCUCCUCUCCUUCUCCCUGACAGUCAGUUCAUUACUCCCAUAGAAUGGCUCCUCUCCUUCUCUCUGACAGUCAAUUCAUUACUCCCAUAGAAUGGCUUCUCUCCUUCUCUCUGACAGACAGUUCAUUACAACCAUAGAAUGGCUCCUCUUCUUCUCCCUGACAGUCAGUUCAUUACUCCCAUAGAAUGGCUCCUCUCCUUCUCCCUGACAGUCAGUUCAUUACUCCCAUAGAAUGGCUCCUCUCCUUCUCUCUGACAGUCAAUUCAUUACUCCCAUAGAAUGGCUUCUCUCCUUCUCUCUGACAGACAGUUCAUUACAACCAUAGAAUGGCUCCUCUUCUUCUCCCUGACAGUCAGUUCAUUACUCCCAUAGAAUGGCUCCUCUCCUUCUCCCUGACAGUCAGUUCAUUACUCCCAUAGAAUGGCUCCUCUCCUUCUCUCUGACAGUCAAUUCAUUACUCCCAUAGAAUGGCUCCUCUCCUUCUCUCUGACAGACAGUUCAUUACAACCAUAGAAUGGCUCCUCUCCUCCCUGACAGACAGUUCCUUACUACUCUCCCUUCUCCCCUUCUCUUAUUAUACUUGCUAUAUUUUUCUGUUAUUCACCUUUUAUGUUGGUAUUUGUGCAGGUAGGAGGAUAUCCAAAUUGGUACUGCCAGACUUCACUUUCUGACCUUAUGUUAUCACUUCUCACACUUUCUAUAUGUUUAUCCACUUUCCCUCCGACGUCAAUAAUCAUUGUAAUUAUUAUCCUCACUCACUCUCUGCUCCUGUUAGGGCCACAGUCCACGUGCGUGUCAACGAUGUCAACGAGUUUGCCCCUGUGUUUGGGGAGCGUGUAUUCCGAGCAUCAGUUACUGAGGGGCGAAUGUAUGAGCGGGUACUACGGGUACAGGCAUGGGACCAGGACUGCUCCCCCCAAUACAGCCAGGUCUGCUUCUACCAGAUACUCACUCCCAAUGUGCCAUUCACCAUUGACAAUGAUGGUAAGUUAAACAUGACUAUCUACUAAAUUGUCACCUCCAUGGAUAAAAUUCAGCCCCUGAAAUGUCUUCUUUCAUUGUCUCUAUAUCUUUCUGUGCUUUACACACCUCACUUCUCCACAACAGUCUCCAUUUUCUCUCAGCUUCAUCCAAAUCUCUCCUCACACAUUCUCCAUCUCUCUGUGCUGAAUCCAUCCCUCCCGUCACACUUUCUCCAUCUCUCUGUGCUGAAUCCAUCCCUCCCGUCACACUUUCUCCAUCUCUCUGUGCUGAAUCCAUCCCUCCCUUCACACUUUCUCCAUCUCUCUGUGCUGAAUCCAUCCCUCCCUUCACACUUUCUCCAUCUCUCUGUGCUGAAUCCAUCCCUCCCGUCACACUUUCUCCAUCUCUCUGUGUUGAAUCCAUCCCUCCCGUCACACUUUCUCCAUCUCUCUGUGUUGAAUCCAUCCCUCCCUUCACACUUUCUCCAUCUCUCUGUGUUGAAUCCAUCCCUCCCGUCACACUUUCUCCAUCUCUCUGUGCUGAAUCCAUCCCUCCCGUCACACUUUCUCCAUCUCUCUGUGUUGAAUCCAUCCCUCCCUUCACACUUUCUCCAUCUCUCUGUGCUGAAUCCAUCCCUCCCGUCACACUUUCUCCAUCUCUCUGUGCUGAAUCCAUCCUAACCGUCACACUUUCUUCAUCUCUCUGUGCUGAAUCUAUCCCUCCCAUCACACUUUCUCCAUCUCUCUGUGUUGAAUCCAUCCCUCCCGUCACACUUUCUCCAUCUCUCUGUGUUGAAUCCAUCCCUCCCGUCACACUUUCUCCAUCUCUCUGUGCUGAAUCCAUCCCUCCCUUCACACUUUCUCCAUCUCUCUGUGCUGAAUCCAUCCCUCCCUUCACAUUUUCUCCAUCUCUCUGUGCUGAAUCCAUCCCUCCCGUCACACUUUCUCCAUCUCUCUGUGCUGAAUCCAUCCCUCCCGUCACACUUUCUCCAUCUUUCUGUGCUGAAUCCAUCCCUCCCUACACACUUUCUCCAUCUCUCUGUGCUGAAUCCAUCCCUCCUGUCACACUUUCUCCAUCUCUCUGUGCUGAAUCCAUCCCUCCCGUCACACUUUCUCCAUCUUUCUGUGCUGAAUCCAUCCCCCCCUUCACACUUUCUCCAUCUCUCUGGAUGUUGCCUGUCUCACUCCACCACAACCUGAAUUUUCCACCUCUGGCUUCUCUCACCUUGUCACUUUGUCCUCUAUUCUGUACCUGCUUCUCUCUCCCGUUAUCCUUGUCUUUUCCCUUUUCAAACACAAUAUUCUCUUUCCUUGCUUUUCUCAUUAUGCUCUCUUUUCCCUUAUCUUAUUCCUCCCUGUUUCUUGUUACCCUACUGUCCCUUUUCUCCUUGCUUAAAGUUGCCAAAUCACUAUUUGAUUUGAGGGUACCUAUGAAAGAUGCAUAUUUUGGGGUGGCAUUUGUUAUACUGUCCUGAAGUAUGUAUUUUUAUAGACAUUAUCAAAUCAACUAUUGAUCUUGAAACUCUACUCCUGCUGCUCUCACCCUUCCCACCUGUGAUCAUCUCUUCACUUCUCUCUCAACUCACUGUCUCUCUGUUUAUUCACUUCCAUAGGAUACAUUAAGAACACACAACCCUUGCAGGCCAAUGGUGAACGCCUGAUCAGAUUCACUGUUACUGCAUAUGACUGUGGGAAGAAACGGGCUGUGGAAGAUGCCGAGGUGGAAAUCCAGGUUAAACCCACAUGCAAACCCAGCUGGAGAGGUAACACCUCAGUGUGAGCACGCAACAUAAAGCAAGUGUUAUUGUAUCAUGUGUAUCAGUGUGAGCAGGCAUCAUAUACCAUGUGUUAUUAUCACACAGUGUGUAUUAGUGUGAGCACACAACAUAUAGCAUCUGUUAUUAUCACACAGUGUGUAUCAGUGUGAGCAUACAACAUAUAGCAUCUGUUAUUCUCACACAGUGUGUUUCAGUGUGAGCACGCAGCAUAUAGCAUGUGAUAUUAUCACACAGUGUUCAUCAGUGUGAGCAGGCAUCAUAUAUACCAAUUGUACAGCGCUGCAUAAUUUGAUGGCGAUAUAUAAAUAAUAAAAUAAUAAUAAAGCAUGUGUUAUUAUCACACAGUGUGUAUCAGAGUGAGCAGGCAUCAUAUAGCAUGUGAUAUUAUCACACAGUGUGUAUCAGAGUGAGCAGGCAUCAUAUAGCAUGUGUUAUUAUCACACAGUGUGUAUCAGUGUGAGCACACAACAUAUAGCAUGUGUUAUUAUCACACAGUGUGUAUCAGAGUGAGCACACAACAUAUAGCAUGUUUUACUAUCACACAGUGUGUAUCAGUGUGAGCACGCAACAUAUAGCAUGUGUUAUUAUCACACAGUGUGUAUCAGAGUGAGCACACAACAUAUAGCAUGUGUUACUAUCACACAGUGUGUAUCAGUGUGAGCACGCAACAUAUAGCAUGUGUUAUUAUCCCACAGUGUGUAUCAGAGUGAGCAUGCAACAUAUAGCAUGUGUUAUUAUCACAGAGUGUGUAUCAGAGUGAGCAUGCAACAUAUAGCAUGUGUUAUUAUCACACAGUGUGUAUCAGUGUGAGCACGCAACAUAUAGCAUGUGUUAUUAUCACACAGUGUGUAUCAGAGUGAGCACACAACAUAUAGCAUGUGUUACUAUCACACAGUGUGUAUCAGAGUGAGCACGCAACAUAUAGCAUGUGUUAUUAUCACACAGUGUGUAUCAGUGUGAGCAUGCAACAUAUAGCAAGUGUUAUAAUCACAUAGUGUGUAUCAGUGUGAGCAGACAACAUAUAGCAUGUGUUAUUAUCACACAGUGUGUAUCAGAGUGAGCAUGCAACAUAUAGCAAGUGUUAUAAUCACAUAGUGUGUAUCAGUGUGAGCAGACAACAUAUAGCAUGUGUUAUUAUCACAGAGUGUGUAUCAGAGUGAGCAUGCAACAUAUAGCAUGUGUUAUUAUCACACAGUGUGUAUCAGUGUGAGCACGCAACAUAUAGCAUGUGUUAUUAUCACACAGUGUGUAUCAGAGUGAGCACACAACAUAUAGCAUGUGUUACUAUCACACAGUGUGUAUCAGAGUGAGCACGCAACAUAUAGCAUGUGUUAUUAUCACACAGUGUGUAUCAGUGUGAGCAUGCAACAUAUAGCAAGUGUUAUUAUCACACAGUGUGUAUCAGUGUGAGCACGCAACAUAUAGCAUGUGUUAUUAUCACACAGUGUGUAUCAGAGUGAGCACACAACAUAUAGCAUGUGUUACUAUCACACAGUGUGUAUCAGAGUGAGCACGCAACAUAUAGCAUGUGUUAUUAUCACACAGUGUGUAUCAGUGUGAGCAUGCAACAUAUAGCAAGUGUUAUAAUCACAUAGUGUGUAUCAGUGUGAGCAGACAACAUAUAGCAUGUGUUAUUAUCACACAGUGUGUAUCAGUGUGAGCAUGCAACAUAUAGCAAGUGUUAUAAUCACAUAGUGUGUAUCAGUGUGAGCAGACAACAUAUAGCAUGUGUUAUUAUCACACAGUGUGUAUCAGAGUGAGCAUGCAACAUAUAGCAUGUGAUAUUACCACACAGUGUGUAUCAGUGUGAGCAUGCAACAUAUAGCAUGUGAUAUUAUCACACAGUGUGUAUCAGUGUGAGCACACAACAUAUAACAUGUGUUAUUGUCCCACGGUGUGUAUCAGAGUGAGCACACAACAUAUAGCAUGUGUUAUUAUCACACAGUGUGUAUCAGUGUGAGCAGGAAACAUAUAGCAUGUGUUAUUAUCACACAGUGUGUAUCAGUGUGAACAGGCAACAUAUAGCAUGUAUUAUUAUCACACAGUGUGUAUCAGAGUGAGCAUGCAACAUAUAGCAUGUGUUAUUAUCACACAGUGUGUAUCAGAGAGAGCACACAACAUAUAGCAUGUGUUACUAUCACACAGUGUGUAUCAGUGUGAGCAUGCAACAUAUAGCAUGUGUUAUUAUCACACAGUGUGUAUUCGUGUGUGCACACAACAUAUAGCAUGUGUUAUUAUCACACAGUGUGUAUCAGUGUGAGCAGGAAACAUAUAGCAUGUGUUACUAUCACACAGUGUUUAUCAGAGUGAGCACGCAACAUAUAGCAUGUGUUAUUAUCACACAGUGUGUAUCAGUGUGAGCAGGAAACAUAUAGCAUGUGUUACUAUCACACAGUGUGUAUCAGAGUGAGUAUGCAACAUAUAGCAUGCAAGUGAACCACAAAUUCAUCAAACAGUAUCCCAUUAUUACUAUUAAAAUGGUUAAAAUGUUUCCGCUUGUAGGCUGGAACAAACGCAUUGAAUAUGUGCCUGGGACAGGUAAUCUGGCUCUGUUUCCCAGCAUUCACUUGGAGACAUGUGAGGAACCAGUCUGGAGUAUACAAGCCACUAUUGAAAUCCAAACGAGUCACGUUGCCAAAGGAUGUGACCGUGACAACUAUUCAGAAAAGUCAUUACGCAAGCUAUGCGGUAUGUGCAAGAAUGUAAUCAUAAUAUACAUAUUCCUCUCCUCAAAUAAACAUUCAUUCCUCUGGGAGAAGAGGAGCAUGAACUAACAGAUAUAAUUGUACCUCUGUGAUAAAUAGUGAUAAAAUGCACGCGAUAAUCAUCGCUUGCAAACGAACGCACAUUAAAAAAAAAGAACAUUCCAAAUUUAUUUAUCAUCGCAUAACAUGUGCUAUGUGAGAUGGAAGGUGCGAAAUGUUGUGAGACUUUCUAUUGGUUUCCAUGGUGAUUGGUCCUUAUUUAGCACUAUCCGUUGAUAAGCCUCCCUCAUUCAUUAUUUUUGUGUAUAGCCAAAGUGCUAAAAUAGUUUAAAUUUACAAUAAUGACAAUAACCAACAACUUGCUAUUUAGUAAAUCACUACUUUUCCUUAACUCAAAUAAAAUAGUAUUUGUAGCAAUAAAAAAAACAAACUGUAAACAUGUUAUUUAACAUUCCCAGCGAAUCUUCAUAAUCUACACAUUAUCAAGUCAGCGAAUAAAAUAAUUUAAAAUCUUAAGAUCGCCAUGCAACUUGUAAGUAUAUAUCGUGUGUCUGGAAAAACAGGUUUCCAUAUAAACAGACUAAUCAGCGCGCAUUUACGGCCCAGAUGUAAGUCUGCUAAUGUACGGAGCUGGGACACAACAGGUGGGAUUGAAGAAGAGGUGGGAGUUAGUUACUGCUUCCAUUCACAUGAAGAAUGCUUUUCACCAAGAAAAUGGUGCAUUAAAGGGAUAUUCUAAGCAGCAAAACAACUUCAGCUUAAUGAAGCAGUAAAUGUUUGAGACCUAAGUGGGGACCUGUCAAACACUGCUAUCCAUGCCUAAGUUACUGGCUACUGCAAGUACUGUUAAGUGACUGCUGGGAAUGGACAGAACAGCAGCACUUAAAGGAACACUAUAGUGUUAGGAAUACACACAUAUUGCUGGAGUAACUAUUAGGUCCCCUCAGAGUGGAGUGAAAAGGUAAUUUAUUUACGUUUUCUCCAUUGCUGCACCAGUCUUACCGCGGCUGGCCUUACCUCCAUGGAUGAGAUCAUCAAUCUUGAUGAUCUCAGCCAAUCCAAUGCUUUUCCGUAGGAAAGCAUUUGGAGGCUAUUGUGCAAACACAGCAAAAUGCUGGGCUGCGGCAAUCAGCAUCUUCUCAUAGAGAUGCAUUGAAUCAAUGCAUCUCUAUGGGUAGCGUUCAGCUUCUCCUUCAUGGAGACACAGAACGUAGGUGCUGCACAUUGUGCAUCACUGACCCAGGAAGCAACUCUAAUGGCCGUUUGAGUGACUGCACCUAGAGGUGUUACUAGGCAGUAAUGUAAACACUGACUGCAUUAAACUGCUCUGGGAGUGCACAGCGUCACACUGCCCCAGUACAUUCCCAGGAGCAGAAAAAAUUAUAUCCCAUCAGGCAUUUUCAUAGUGACUGCGUCUGGACAAGCAAAGAUUUAAGGGCCCAGAAUAUUUGAAGCUAAUGAGUUAUAAGAUGAGAAUCCUAACUCCAAACUAAAAUCUCCUUAUUUUCUUCUCUUUUUGCCACUGUAGGGGCAGCACCAGGUGAUGUCGACCUCCUUCCACCUUCUAGUACAGGAUAUAACUGGACACGAGGACUUCCUGUGCAGGAAACACAGGAUAGCAGUCUAGUGUUUUGGUUCAAUGGAUCUCAGUCUGUUGAAAUUCCUCCUGCUCGUCUCCCAGCAGGGGGCAGCGCUGCCGACCACCUCACCCUUUCCUUCUGGCUGAAGCAUGCCGGUGGUGGAGGGAAGUCAGGGAAGGAUGAAGAGGUUCUCCUGUGUAAUACUGUGCAAAAUGGUGAGAAUUAGCACAACUUAAAUUGGAUGGUGGAACGUUAGUAUUGUGUGCUAGUGAGGGAGGAAUAGUAAGGUAUCGUGUAUGUUAAAACACCCUUCAAAGAAAUAAACCGCCAUUAUCAUCCCCAGCCCACCUUAUCCUUACAUUAUAAUGCCCUGCUCACCCUUUCACUUUCUCUCCUUACAUUAUAAUCCCCAGCCCUGCCUUUCACUACCUCUCCUUUUGUUAUAAUGUCCUGCUCACCCUUUCACUUCCUCUCUUUAUAUUAUAAUCCACAGUCCACUCUUUCACUUCAUCUCUUUAUAUUAUAAUCCACAGUCCACCCUUUCACUUCCUCUCUUUAUAUUAUAAUCCACAGUCCACCCUUUCACUUCCUCUCUUUAUAUUAUAAUCCACAGUCCACCCUUUCACUUCCUCUCUUUAUAUUAUAAUCCACAGUCCACCCUUUCACUUCAUCUCUUUAUAUUAUAAUCCACAGUCCACCCUUUCACUUCCUCUCUUUAUAUUAUAAUCCACAGUCCACCCUUUCACUUCCUCUCUUUAUAUUAUAAUCCACAGUCCACCCUUUCACUUCCUCUCUUUAUAUUAUAAUCCACAGUCCACCCUUUCACUUCCUCUCUUUAUAUUAUAAUCCACAGUCCACCCUUUCACUUCCUCUCUUUAUAUUAUAAUCCACAGUCCACCCUUUCACUUCCUCUCUUUAUAUUAUAAUCCACAGUCCACCCUUUCACUUCCUCUCUUUAUAUUAUAAUCCACAGUCCACCCUUUCACUUCCUCUCUUUAUAUUAUAAUCCACAGUCCACCCUUUCACUUCUCUCUUUAUAUUAUAAUCCACAGUCCACCCUUUCACUUCCUCUCUUUAUAUUAUAAUCCACAGUCCACCCUUUCACUUCCUCUCUUUAUAUUAUAAUCCACAGUCCACCCUUUCACUUCCUCUCUUUAUAUUAUAAUCCACAGUCCACCCUUUCACUUCCUCUCUUUAUAUUAUAAUCCACAGUCCACCCUUUCACUUCCUCUCUUUAUAUUAUAAUCCACAGUCCACCCUUUCACUUCCUCUCUUUAUAUUAUAAUCCACAGUCCACCCUUUCACUUCCUCUCUUUAUAUUAUAAUCCACAGUCCACCCUUUCACUUCCUCUCUUUAUAUUAUAAUCCACAGUGCACCCUUUCACUUCCUUUCCUUACAGUAAUUUCCCAGCCCACCCUUUCACUUCCUCUCCUUUUAUUAUGAUAUUAUAAUGCUCUGCUCACCCUUUCACUUCCUCUCCUUAUCUUAUUAUCCCCAUCCCACCCUUCACUUCCUCUCCUUAUAUUAUAAUGCUCUCCUCUUCCUUUCACUUCCUUUCCUUCUCUUCCUAGAGGGCAGCUUCUCACAUUAUACUCUGGCUGUACACGGCUGCCGGAUCUCCUUCCUGUACUGGUCACUACUGGACAGUGCUCGACCUGUCAAAUUUCUCUGGAAACUAGAGCAGGUACUAAAUACCACAGAGCGGUGAAUCCUAACCAACAGCCCUGGAGGUCUGAGAGGCAUUAUUCACAUGUGCAGACAAGGAACUUACCAGACCUGCCCCAGAAUCCGCACGCUGACAGAGCAUUACCAGCCCUCUGAAAAAGUGCAUGAAUCUGUUGGUUUGUGUUGGGAGCAAUGUGUAAACCAUUAUUUACCUGUACACAUGACUGCAUGAUACCCUUUUAGGAAGGUCCCAUACACUUCUCAAACUGGAUCAUUAUAGGGCCUCUAUAGUCCUAAUGAAAUGGUCGGGGUGCAGUGGUCCUGUCAUUUUAAAGGCUCCAUACGGAAUUAUAGGUGUGAAUAUAGGAAUGGUUAUAAGGAGCUAUAUGUGUUAUUGCUAUAUGGAGUUAUAGGUGUGAUUGUUGGAGGAGCUAUAGGUGUGAUUGUUGGAAGGGCUAUAUGGAGCUAUAGGUGUGAUUGUUGGAAGGGCUAUGUGGAGCUAUAGGUGUGGUUAUAGUAAGGGCUAUAUGGAGCUAUCAGUGUUAUUGUUGGAAGAGCUAUGUAAAGCUAUAAGAGUUGUUAUAGUAAGGGCUAUAUAGCGUUAUAAGAGUUGUUAUAGUAAGGGCUAUAUGGAGCUAUAGGUGUGAUUGUUGGAAAGGGCUCCAUGGAGCAAAAUGAACUGUGAUAGAAAGCAGUAUUAUGACAAACGGGGCAUAUGUAAGAAGUCUACAAGGAGUAUCAGGAGGUAAUGAAGAUGUAUUUAUAGCAAUAGGAAUAGUAAUAUAGUGGCAUUAUAUGGAGCGCAAAAGGAGUUGUUAUAGUGAGUUUACCCACAGAAUAACAGUCAUGAGCUGGGUAGCAACAGCAUAAGCUAUCAAACCUUUAAAUGUGUGCUGAAUAUGCCACAUUUUCAAAUAUUAUUAUUAUUAUUAUUAUUUAUAAAGCGCCAAUAUCCGUAAAAGCUGGCGUGUUCAAAGCCUGGAGCUGAUUGGCCCUGCAUUAUCUUGUCUUUCCUUUUCAGGUAUGCGAUGGUGAAUGGCAUCAUUAUGCUCUCAGCCUUGCGUUCCCUACGGUUUCUCUCUAUGUGGAUGGAGUGACGUACGACCCUGCACUAAUCCAUGACAAUGGGGCUCUCCCCCCUCCCAAACGCCAGGCCAGGCUGAUGAUAGGGGGGUGCUGGGCAGGUGAGGAUGUAAUGAGUAUAAAUGAGUGGGGAGACACAUGAAACAAAAGCAAAGUUGGUUUUGGGGUGAUUAUGUACAAAAUGGGUGAAAGCAAUAAGGAAAGGAAUAAUUUCCAGUUUUGUUUUGUAACAGACGAGAAACUAUCAGGAAAGUCAAAUGGAAAUGAGACAACCAGAGCAGCAGGUACAGUGUAUUAGUGUGUUUACACCUUGAGCUAUAUCACAAAAUAACUAUUUAUAACUAUCGCAGCUUCCAAAGGAAUAUGUCACAUCUCCUCUCUUCCCCACUCCCCAUCCGAUUUUCCGAUUUUAUAAAUGUUAAAAAAAAUAUGAAAUGAUUUAUAUUGUAGGUGCUGUCACUGGACGCUUUCUGCGCGGUUAUGUGUCUGGUUUCGCUCUGCGGUUGGGGUCUGUGGAUUCGCGGGAGGUGAUCGAAUGUCUGUACUCAUGCAAAGAGGGAUUACAAUACACAGACUUUGACAGCUUGGGGAAAGGUAUGAAGGUAUGUCAUCUCGGACCCGUCUGUACCUCUACAGACGUGUAGUAAAUAGAGUUUUUUUUUUAUAUCUGUCCAGGUAUGGACAUAUUGUGUUAAAUUGUAUUUGUGUGACAGUUUGUAUAAUAGUCAGUGUGAUAUUUGAGGGUAUGUAUUGCAGUUGGUAUAAGACUUUGUAUCACCAUUUCUUUCUUUUAGCUGUAGUGAGAUUAUGUAAUUCAUGUCACAAAUGGCACUGCGUUACAGCAGUUGUCUUGUAUUAAAGUGAAACUCAAAUAUACCUGUGAGUUUCCUUCACAGCAUAUAUAUAUGCUGGGAAUUUUUACAAAAUCCAGUUCUAAACACCAUAAUUCUCUGGGGUUUUUAUCCAGGUUCAUGUGAAUCCUGCUCAGUCCCAGUUGACCCUUGAAGGCGAUGAUCCUACGUCUUUUAGCCGGGCUUUGCAACAUGUAGAAUAUCUCAACUCACUACAGUUUCCAACCCCAGGAGUUAGGCCUCUUAAACUACAAACUAUUGUCAGGUGAGUGACUUUCUCUCUUCCUCUCUGUCUGAUAUCACUCAUGGGGACCGUCUUUCUUACUGAUGUCUGACUCAUUGAUGAGGCUGUCAACUUCUCUCUUUCAACUCCACAGGUGUCUCAGUGAUGAGGGCUGUCUCUCUGUACCAGAUUUAGAGGGAUAUCUUGUGGUUCUCCAGCCAGACGCUCCCCAAGUUCUGCUGUCUGGAUCCCCUCGCUCUGCACAUCCCAUUUCUGAUUUUCAGGGCCCCCUUGGGGUCCCCAUAUUCCCAGACCUCAGGAUCACCUGUUCUGUUUCACACUCUCUGACACCCAACAAGCUGGAGAGAGCCCCAAGGGCUGGUAAGGACCAGUUUCUGCUUUCAUGCCUUAAAUUGUGAAUCUCCCUUUCUGUCUCUCAGUCUUGGUCUUUGUUCUAGAUUUGCAGUCUACGGAUGGCAUUGAGUGUGCCUUGGAGAGGUGUGAGGUUGGAGUAGUAGGGGAAGAUUUAAAUCUGGAGUAUGAGAGUCUGUCUCUAGAUAUGUCUUCUGCAUGGCAGAGAGGGCUGGAGACUGAAAACAGUUCCCGGAGCUUUAGAAUUACAGGUACUACUGGAGGACAUCCAUAAAAGAUUAUACAAGAUCCUUCUAGAUCAGGGGUGAACAUAUGGUAGAUCCCCAUGUGUUGCAGCUUCCAUGAUGCUUUACCAUUUUAAAGGCUGGUAAUGCAUCAUGGCCGUUGUAGAUCUACAUUUUGCCCACCCAUGUUCUCGAUGUACUGUCUUAUCUAUAUGUAGAGGUUCCUCUGAUCCAUGUACUUUUUUCCCAUCUUCAAUCAGGUGUUCAGAAUGUAGCAGUAUAUGAGGACAUCUUGCGUAGUCUGACAUACCGGACAGGAGUCCGAGCGGCUUUAUACGCGCGCAAAUUUCACGUGUCUUGCAGUGAGAUGAAUGGGAGAUAUGUGAGCAAUCAGCUCUAUACAGAGGUAUGUGUGGCUAGAUUUUUUCUAUAGUGCUCACAGGUGUCCAUGUUGCAAUCAGCUCUAUACAUUACAAUGUAACAACAAAUGAAAACAGCAGCACAAGACACAGAGUUCACCACCCCAAAAUACAUACUGAACGACAGGAAGAUGUGGAGGAAUAAAAGGAAAUCAAAACAACAAGCUUAAAGGACCACUAUAGUGCCAGGAAAACAUAUUCGUUUUCCUGGCACUAUAGUGCCCUGAGUGUGCCCCCACCCUCAUGGUCCCCCUCCCGCUGGGCUCUAGGGGGAGGAAGGGGUUAAACUUACCUCUUUCUCCAGCGCCGGGCUGGAGACUCUACUCCUCUUCGGCUGAAUGCGCAUGCGUGGCACGAGCCGCGCGCGCAUUCAGCCAGUCUCAUAGGAAAGCAUUCACAAUGCUUUCCUAUGGGCGCUGGCGUCUUCUCGCUGUGAAAAUCACAGUGAGAAGCGCGGUAGCGCCUCUAGCGGCUGUCAAUGAGACAGCCACUAGAGGCUGGAUUAACCUUAUUAUAAACAUAGCAGUUUCUCUGAAACUGCUGUUUAUAGAAAAAAAGGGUUAAACCUAGCUUGACCAGGCACCCAGACCACUUCAUUAAGCUGAAGUGGUCUGUGUGCCUAUAGUAAUCCUUUAAGGUAGACAGAAAAAACUUCACCAAAGUGAGAAUUCUAAGUGAAUUUAACAUUUAAGGUCAAAACCUUAACCAAAUUUGAGGAUUUCUCUCAUGUUAGCCAUGCUUUCAGUUCACCUACUAUGGCCGUAAAUUUGGAAUUAACGUUGAACUUUAGUGAACAACAUUGUGAAACAAGAAGAAUGAGAAAUAGCAAAGAAAAUACAAGAAAUAUAUUAUGUGUAUUUGAGAUGACUUUAAAGAACAUGUAUACACUGAUCAGCCAAAACAUUAAAAUCACCGACAGGUGAAGUGAACAACAUUGAUUAUAUCGUUACAAUGAUACGGGUCAAGGGAUGGGAUAUAUUAGGCAGCAAGAGAACAGUCAGUUCUUGAAUUUCAUGUGUUGGAGACAGAAAUAAUGGGCAAGCAAAAAUAUCUGAGUGACUUUGACAAAGGUCAAACAGUGAUGGCUAGGUGACUAGAUCAGAUAUUCUUCAAAAGCGCAAUAUUGUGGGGUGUUCUUGGUAUGCAGUGGUUAGUACCAAAAGUGGUGCAAGGAAGGGUAAAUGGUGAACAAGCAUCAGGGUCAUGGGUGCCAAAGACUCAUUGAUGCACGUGGGGUGUGAAGGCUAGCUCAUCUGGUCGAAUCACAUACUGUACCUCGAAUUGCUGAAAAACAUAAUGCUUGCCAUGAUAGAAAGGUGUCAGAAAACACAGUGUAUAGGGCUGCGUAGUCGCAGAUCGUUCAAAGUGUCCGUGAUGUCCACUGUCCACCGCCUUUCAGGACCAGGGUUAGACUCUUACAUUGACAGUUCUAUCAUAUCACUGGCCCUGAGAGUUUCCCUAGACCCCUCUGGAUUUGGUAAUACAUUUAAAUAUUAAGUAUUCCAAAAUUUAGAUGUAGGUUACUGAAUUUCAUAUUGAUUAUAGCAUGGUUUGCAGAGUGAAAUGUCUAGCUGCAUGAUGAUGUCUAAAUGAAAUAUAUUACAAGGGUUGACACAGAUGUAGCCCCGGAGCUCUCACCAUUAUGCCCCAUAUCUUACAACCCGAAAUUUGCCCCUGCAUCGGACCCCCACUACACGGCUGCCCUGGGCUUGCCGACCCCCUGCAGAGUGAAGGACGUCUAUGACCAAGGCACAAUCACGCCCCUGACCACUCUGGUCCCGAAUACCCCACACAAUAUGCUCCUACGCUUUAGAUAUCACCAACUGACAAGGUUUCUGAGAAGCAUACCGACCCUAAAUUCGGCAACGCGAACACUCUCUGUAUUCGAGACCAUAUGCAUGAACCCCCCCCCACACGCGAUAUCGCUACUAUAUCGCAUGCAAACCACCACCACCACUAACGCACCCCUCCCUUACUUCACAAAAUACUGGGAAAGGGAUCUAGGACACUCAAUUUCAACGGAACAAUGGACAACGGUGUUUACACUCACACAUAAAGCCUCCAUCUCCACCAAAUUCCAAGAAACAGGAUAUAAAAUGCUCUCCCACUGGUACAGGACACCGGAAAAACUUAGCAUGAUGAAAACCACAAAUGACCCGGAAUGCUGGAGAUGCGGGAGAGAACUGGGAUCCCUCUUCCACAUAUGGUGGUCCUGCCCCCUUAUCCAGCCCUUUUGGGCAGAGAUCCACAAGAUACUCACAACCAUAACAGAAGCAAACCUACCCCUCUCACCAGACACAUACCUGCUCCAACUUACACAGACCCCAAUCAACAAAUUAAAAAAAACAGCACUCCCACACCUAAUAAACGCAGCCCGCAGCCUCAUCCCGAGACACUGGAAACAACACAUGGCCCCGACUAUCAGAGAAUGGAUAACGAGAGUGGAAGACAUCAGACGCAUCGAGGAACUCAUCCACUCCGCAACGGGACGCAUACAAUGUUACCAUGAUGCAUGGUACCACUGGCUCCAAUGGCUCGCCUCCACCGCACCAAUUACGGGGACCACACAACACCUGACAGCAGAGGCAGAUGGGACGGUCCAGACGGAACAGACGGACGACAAUACGGAAGCUGAACCACCGACCCAACCAAACCAAGACGACCACUCAGAGCCGGAGAUGCCCCUUGCCCCGGAGGCGGGGGGGGUUGAGGUGGGGACCCGGGACCUGACACCCCACCCCCUACCCUCCCGCACCUUACCCUCACCUGCAAUGCCCUCACCCCAUUAACCUACACUCCCAUCCCACCCGCCCCCCACAACACACGUUAAAAUACAUGACCAACUGCCGACAGGCUGCCUUGAGAAUGCCACCUACACUCGCAGAAACGCCACCUCCCUUACAGGACAGACCAUACACCACAGCACCCACAAAGACCCACCAUGACCAACACAUAUCGGACAAGGGAUGAACCAACCCAACAAGACUGUCCAAACGCCCAAUACCCAAGUGCACUACACCACGAUACCAGAACCCACCCAACCCUCACAACCCGGGACAGCACCCGCUCGACCAAUACACCCCCGACACUAAUAGGAUCCCCAAACAGACACAGAAGGACACCAACACAGAAGGGACACCCCAACAAGACUACACCCCGACGCAUGACACACACACAGCCACCGCCCACACACAUCAAAGAACAGCGACUAGCGCAAAGGGGACACCCACAACAAACGCGCACACAGGACAAAAACUACCUGACGGACCCUCGACCCCCAAACGCCCCACUACUCGACAACCACUCCCUACCCCCCACCCCAACGGAUCAGUAGAGACGCUCUCAGGAAGCAGGGCUAGACAAGGUCACAGCAGGAGCACUAAAGUUUCUGCCUUAUCGCAGUUUAUCUGCUUCCCAACACAAACAUACCAAUUAAUAAAAUGACUGAAUCUGAGUGUUCUCUAUAGCUUUCAUGUCUAAAACUUGUGAGAAUGGCGAAAAUAUUCUCUUUCUAUUUUUCUAAGACUAGUUCCUUCUUGAAAACUGUCAAUGCUGAAAGAUGUUGCAAUGUAGGAAUGGAAUCAGAUGCUCGCUAUUGCUUUGUAAAAUUGCUCUCUUCACAUAAAUACUAACGAUACCUUUAUACCAAAUGAACAAUAACUGACAUGUACACUAUUUUUGCCACCUUCUGUAUUGAUGCAUAUAACUUUGUAUUGCCAAUUGUUAUGAUGUCAAUAAAAGCAAAUUGAAUGAUAAAAAAAAAAAAAAAACAUAAUUUUGCCGCUCUCAAGUGGCCUUUUUGUUUUUACAAACAUUGACUGCAUCCUCCGCAAUAGGCAUUUCCAAAAUAAAUUCUCAUUUCAACACCAAAAAAAUAAAUAAAAAAAAGAAAUAUAUUACAAGGGUUGAAUCUGUAAGUUUUAUUUUCUACUCAAUAAUCUAUAUUUUCAGUCAUCUUAAGCCUUGAAAGUAUAAAAAAAAACAAUUCUGCAACACGUUUAAAAAUAAAGCUGCCACCAAUUGCAAAGCCUGCUGACAAGUCGUGUUAAUGUUAAAAAUAUCUCUCAAACAUAGGUCAGUGUAACGGCAAUUUCCCCUCGAAGCAAGGUUUAUUCUUCCCAGCAUGUAACCUCAAGGACAUGGUUUAAAAUAACAACAUUAACAAUAAAUGAUUUUUAAAAAUGUACAAAUAAAAAUGAUAAACUUAUCCUCCAACCUUAAAAUGAAGGAAAGAGCCAGUUAUCCUCAAACCUUCAAAAAUAGGCAUGGGGUCAUCUACAAACAUUCAGUUUGUAGACAUAGGCUUUGUUGGGACCUCAUUACAGCAAAAGGACUGUGAAAAGGAACUUUGGCUUUCCUCCACCCCCACUGUGGAAAGAGAACUUUGGCUUUCCUCCAUCGCCACUGUGAAAAGAGAACUUUGGCUUUCCUCCAUCCCCAUUAUGGAAAGAGAACUUUGGCUUUCCAUUAUCCCCACUAUGGAAAGAGAACUUUGGCUUUCCUCCAUCCCCAUUAUGGAAAGAGAACUUUGGCUUUCCAUUAUCCCCACUAUGGAAAGAGAACUUUGACUUUCCUCCAUUCCCACUGUGGAAAGAGAACUUUGGCUUUCCUCCGUCCCCACUAUUGGAAGAGAACUUUGGCUUUCCUCCAUGCCCACUUUGGAAAGAGAACUUUGGCUUUCCUCCAUCCCCACUUUGGAAAGUGAACUUUGGCUUUCCUCCAUCCCAAACAUGGAAGGGAUUACCCCCAACCUUAAUACUGAAAGAAGAGAUCAGAUGACCGCCAAUAUCACCAAAGAAUGAGGACAUCAGUUCUCCUCCAACCUCACCCCUCAAACUCAACGCAGAAAGAAGACAUCAAUUGUCUUCCACCCUAUAUACAGAAAGAUUACAUUGACUUGUUCCUCUUUUCCAACAAUGUUUACACAUUGAUCCUUAACCCCUGACCUAUUAUUCUGCUGCUGAAUUACAAACUCUAAAGCAUUUCUUUAAUUUCCACAUAUUACAUAAUGUUUACAUAUCCCUGAUUUCAUGUUGCUUUAUUACAUGGACUGAAACAUGUACCAUAUAAACAUGUUCCACUUUUUCAGCUUGAUGUAUUACAUGGGAUUCAUGCAGUAUCACCCAGUCAUCUCCUGUCUGGCCAGCAGUUUGUCCACAAUGUCCACCAGGCUCCGGUAGCGUUAUCCUCCCACACACUGACCACUGCUAACCGCAACUCAGGUACGUAUAUAGGAUCAAUGCCAGAAAGAGUCUAAGUAGCAAACACAAGCCAGCCUGUGUGUCACACAUUUGUUUGUUUGCAGUGUUUCCCGGAGUUGCCAUGGUCAUUAUCGUUGUAUGUGUUGGGUUCUUGGCUCUGAUUGUCACAUUGGGCUUAUCACGGAUACACAGUGUACGGCAGAGGGAUGGCAUUGACAGUGUGGAGCUAGAGGCAUCCAACCAAAGGGACCCAUUCUGGGAAGACUCUGCAAUGACCAUAACUGUAAACCCCAUGGAGGUGAGCGCCUGCAUCCAUCACAUUACACCAAUACAAGACAAUAUUGUUUUAUAUAACGCAAAAUAUGCAGUUCUCACACCUGAUGAGCCGAGCAUGUUUAAUUAUAGGUGAGGUUGAUUAGAACUAAAAUUACAUGAAAAAUAGUACCGGUAAGUAAAAUGAAGAUGUAUAAAGUCAUAAGCACUUAACAAAUAAAUGGGCUCUUCUAAUGCAGUCUAUAGUUCUGUAAUAUUAGGGUGGAUCUAUCCAGUCACUGUGUUAAUUCUUAGCUAUCAAACAGGAUCAGUCAAUACCGUGAUUAAAAAAACUGAUAUGCACAUGUCAGGGGAGGUCUACAGUAUAGUCAACACUCGGAAAUCAAUAAUCUUUCUGGGGGGAAAAAGUAAUUGGGUUCAUACUGUGAGGUCUUGAAAGAUUUGUCCAGGAGGAGCAAUUGGACCAAUUGUCUGGGAUCAAGAUUUAUCUACUGACGAGUCAUCAGAUGAUCAUUGAUUGAAAAAGAGUAUCUAAGCAACAAACCCCCAGCACACAAGUGCAAAUAUCUCUGAAUACGCAGCACUUUUAAAAGCAGAUGUGUUUUUUAAUGCAGUUAGAGUAUCCCUUUACAUGUGAGACGCUUUUUGUUUGUAACACACAAACACCCUUCUUCUAUUACGCUGUCUUGUCUGAUCAGAAAAGAUUUUAAGAGGAGCACCAUGUUUGAAGUGGGUAUGGUAAGACACAUAUAUACACAUUUUUUUAGAAGCUUGGAUGAUCCUGCUGUCAGAGACAGGGCUAACCCACUAAAUCUUGUGUCUAUCUAGGAGUAAGCAUUGAAUUUAUAACUCUGUAUAAAAAUACACAUAAACUAAUAUGUUAUUUAUCAUUAAAUAAAUAUAUAUCUAACACAUCUAUGUGAAUGCAGGAUCGUUUCAGAAACACAGCAGGCAGGGACGCCUGAUAGAGUAAGGAUUUGUCAUGAGACUAGUGCACAAAUUGAUUUCAGCUGCGUUGAACAAAACAAAUGCCUGUCAAUCCAUGGGCGAACAAAUCGAUUCAUUAUGCAAAUUCAAAAAAAUUAAUUUGCCUAUCCAUGGAUUGAUGGGAGUUUCAUCUAUCCACAAGUCUAACAGUCAGUGUGAUGGUAUUAAAUAUAAGCACCAAAAUACAUUAGUAUCCUAGCAUGAAAUAUAAGUUUCAGAGUAUAUUCUUUCUAGCUAAACCUAUCUCCCAACAUCUGGGGUGCCUGUCUUGACUAAAUAUGCAUUUGCCACCAGGGAGCGUGUUCAGUUUCACUGCUCUGUGUCUGGACUGCAUGUAUGAACCUAUGUAGGAGGAAAAAGUAGAUUUUGCUCUCUGGUGUCUGAAAAGAUUCAUAUAGGAUGGGUAGUAGAAUGAGACUGUACUUCCCAAGAGGGGUCUAUAUACGAGGGGAUAGAAUUAUUUCUUUAGGGUUAAGGGGAUUUACACAUGAGAAGGUAGUGAUUAUUUCUGCAUGGUCAGGAGGAGGAGGAGGUAUAACCCAUUCUGUAAGUAGAAAGAGGAUUUAACGCUGUGGUUUAAAAAUAUGAAUCCGUCAAACAUUAUGUCUACAAACAGACAAAUGUUUUAACAAUCUUUUUGGUAUUUUGAGAUGCUAAAAACCUAAAAAUGCCACCCGGUUCCUUUUAUAAAUACUCCCAAAAACAUGCAUUUGACCAGAUUCAUCUAUUUACACCACACCUAAGGUACAUGACAAAAAUGGUAUUUCUGGUUUUAUACUUGUCAUUCGAAAGCUGUUUUGCAAGACCAACACUAUGGAAAAUUUUAAACAUUUUAUCUAAUUUAAAUUUCAAAUCUAUAAAAACAUUAAAAUUGUGUAAAUGUAUUGAACCGCACUGUGUACAUAUUAACCAAAACACAAUAUCAAGAUUUUUUAAUUCUUGGUCUUCUCUUCUUUUCAGUCUGUGCAGUCUCGCAAUUUGGCCUCUACCAAGAGAACCCCUGUCUCUGAACGAGAGAAUCUGGAUGAGGAAUCACGCUGAUGAAAAAAAAAAGAAAAAAGUCACUCACUCUGUCCAUCCAUGUAGAACUGGGCUUAUAUGUCUUGCGCACCAUACAACCAUCACUGGUGUGCUUGGCACAUUCUAGCACUCUUUUCUAUGGGCAGUGUGCCAUGUCCAGGAUCUCUGGGGCAAAGGCCACAUCCUCUAUCGCCCUGGAGUGUCUUUCACAUAAGUUCCCACCCACCCAUUACUCAGGGGAACAACACCUGUCUCAUCCAUUGUUUGUGUGUGUGUGUCCGUCUCUCACACGUACUGUUACAACACUUCCCGAGAGACUGCAACACGCUCCCUCUUGUUCUGUCUUUUACUCAUUACUUGGAACCCUUACGCCAGAGACUAAAUUCUGCUCCAAAGCAGGCCAUGUGUUUCGACCUUCCUCAGUAGCUAAAGAUACUGUUCACACAAAAAUUUUUUUGAUGAAUUGUUAACAGACUGCUGAGUUACAGUGAUUUAUAUCUGUUUUCCUCACAUGUACUGUCCUUUCUGUUUGUCUCCCACUCAUCUCUCUCUCUCGUGUGUCUGCCUCAAUGUGGGAGGGGUAAUGAUGGAAGAAAGUCACGACAAUGAAUGAAAUAACUCACCGAUUUCUGGUAAAUCUAUAUAAAGAGAUAUAUAUAGAAC